AUGUCCACCAUCACCCAAUUGUUGGAUGGUGGGUAUGGCAAUGACAGAGGGAAAGCAUUUGAUUGGUAAAUCUAUGUGAGACAGCUGACCAGAUAUGUCCACCCACUCCACUACAAAAACAGGGCAAGACAGUUUAUGAAGUGUUUUCUUUUCUAACACGGACGAUAGCUAGGUUUCCAUCCAAUUGGCGAAAGAUUUUCAUGCGAAUAUUCUAGAAUCCGCAUAAAGAAAAUAUGCGAAUUUUCCCACCAGUGGUGUGUUUCCACCACAUUUUCUUAUUGCAGAUAAAAAUCAGUGCCUGAAAAUGUACUUUUUCGCUUAAGUUUUCAUGUACUAUAUAAACAUCUAAAGUUCAAUAUGUUUCCAUCGCAUUUUCAACUCUACCGAUAGAUUUGUCACAAACACUAUUGUGUUAAUUAGUAAAUGUGCCUAUUCUGGUCAUGAUGAGAUUAUUAUUGCUCCAGAGUGGUGCAGUGGUCUAAAGCACUGCAUAUCAGUGCUAGAGGCGUCAUUACAGACCCUAUUUCAAUUCAAAGCUGUAUCACAAUCUGUCGGUGAUUGGGAGGGCUACCCAGCGUCUUCCGGGUUUGGCCGGUGUAGGCCGUCAUUGUAAAUUAGAAUUUGUUCUUAACUGACUUGCCUAGUUAAAUAAAGGUUAAAUACAUUUUUGAAAAAAAUCAUAGUUAAUUAUUAUUUGUCAAACGGCAGGCAAGCGUCGAACAUCAUGUCACCAGAAUAAGGCCCUAGAUAUUUAUUGGAAAGCAGCAUCAACCUCAUCAAUGUUCACUUUCACCACCUUCUUAAAUUAAUAAUAAUUUAGUUAAUCUGUAGCCUAAUAAACUGCAUGGUUUCCCGAGUCGUAGUGGGAGGACCACACACCAGUAUGAAAAUGUAUGCACUCACUAACUGUAAGUCGCACUGGAUAAGAGCGUCUGCUAAAUGACAAAAUAUAUAUAUAUAUAUAUAUAUAUAUAUAUUAUCGCGUGACUCCAAAUUUACUUCGAUAUGAUGGUUAUUAUAUAAAUAUCUGCACAUUUCACCGUUUUUUCGCGCAUAAUUAAUUUUACCGACACAAAAAGAUCCCACAAUGUCGAACGAACAAAUGAUCUGUGGACAUUUAUAAAAUUGAACCGAAACGUUCUGUUUCCAUCACAGCUGUCAUGAUUUUUUAAAAUAAGGUAUAACUUUACUCGCAUAAAAACGGUGAAAAUGAAACGUGGUUAAUUGUGACAAUUCACAUUUUGUUUUCAAUGCAAUGUCGAGGAAAUAUUGUCAGCUGAGUUGGCAAGAGUAAGAGGAAUCAAAAUAACAAUUAUUGUUUAACUGAGUAAGGUAAACAAUAGUUUGGGGAAAUGUAGCUAUUAUCUGGAGAUAGGAGAUAGGGGAUGACAUUAUCAUUUAUAGUCUAAUGACAUAAUGUAUGCACUCACUAGCUGUAAGUCGCUCUGGAUAAGAGCGUCUGCUAAAUGACUAAAAUGUAAUGUAAAUGUAAUACAAGUAAAAUACAGCUACUAGGUAAGUACGUGUACUAUGAUGUAGUAGCCUAUUGUAUGAACGAGUCACAUUUACAGUAAAAGGUAUGAGUAGUGUACUAACCAUAAGCGCACAUGGGUGGUGCUCUUUUGCUACUGCUGUCAUUCACUCUGCGCAAGCGCAUAAUUAAUUUAUAGCACCUCCUCGCGCAUGCGCAUUUCCAAAUCCACAGGAUAUGCGUUAAAUCACUCAGAAGACAACGCAUCCACAACACCUCUGGACAUCUACGCAUUAUAUUCCCUUUCUUAAAUUAGCCCCCAUCAGCUUCGCGAUACCGCCCCCAAUUUCAGUGUCGGUACGGAGCCGCCAGGCCGGGACAGAGACGGAGAGAGAGCCCUCGGCCAUGGAAGUGCUCGAACCCGGUAAGAGGAUGAUAUGAGAAGCCCGUAUCGGGGGAGUGUGUACGCCUAUUCAUUGCGCAACUAGGAACCGUGGUCGUAGCUAGGCCUCGACGACAGAGAAAAACAAACGAGCAUAUCAGGCCCAACGUGUGUAGCAUAUUAAUACAACGGAGAUAAGGUUCUGUCCGUGACUUCUACAGCCUGAUAAGCACAUGUUAUGUAAGACAAAACGAGGGAUCUUGUUUUUGUUUAUCUCGGCUGCUGGUUUUAUAUCUGAAGCCCGCUGCUCGAGACGAGGGCAGGACGGCAUUGUGUGUGUGUGUGUGUGUGUGUGUGUGGGGGGGAUUUAACCAAGACCUUCCUUCGGUGUCGUGUGUUUACGAUGUCUGUUGUUAUCUAGCCUAUCGUUUCAUCAUCAAACACACUAUUUAUUCAGCUUCAUGAUACGUUUAAAAUGAUUCCAGUUGAAAUAGGUAUGCCCUCAAGCCCGUAUAACAUUAGAAAUUUUUUAAGUUAAGCCUAGUAACUAAAUAAUUGUACAAUCGACAGUAAUUAUUGCCCGGACUGUCCUCCUUUCUACCUUAUCGAAAGCAACGAGAAACGGUAGCUAACGUUACAAUACUGUCAUAAUGUCUUUGUUCACGCUGAAAUAUUUAAAUAUUAUCGACUGUUUGCUGGCAAUAAUUAAUUUAAGUGUGUUUAUAUGCUUUCAAGUAUUUCUGUCAGUACUCAGCGGUUUGCGCGCCACCGUCGCCUGCCCGUGCCUGGGAGUAAAUGAACAUGCACUCAUGCAUGGUAUGGAGCCUGCCUUUUGAGUAGAUCGCGUACUACUAUUUAUCGAUCGAAUUUGCAAGCCGUCUCCAUACCCCAUCACCAUAGUUGUGUUCAGGAUAUCACACACGAGAUGCCUUAAUGCUGCACUGCCAAUUGACAGUUUAUCUAUGAAUCUUUCACACCUGGUAUACAACUAACUUGUAUGCAGUUGGUGAGAAUUCCUGUCUUUAUUAUAAGGGAUUAACAAGUUAUCACCUCUUUGUCGCCUGAUAUAGAAACAAUUGUCACCAGCAAUGCAGCACUCAUGCCAUCAGUUUACUACCACAUGCCUAUCAAUUCUUAAUUUCCUGUCACCCUUUACAAGUAAAUUACACCUUGUCUGGAUAACAGACCUACUCAUUCACCCAAUAUGAUUUAACGAUUGCCAUGCUAAGGUAAAAUGUAACUUUAGGCAGUAGCAGUGCGUGGGUAAAAUCACGGUGGAAGCCAAGCCAAUUUAAAAAAAGCCAUAUUACAACCUAUGUUGUGAUAAUUGCGUUUUUGCUCUAUAACCCAUUAGUUCAUACGCCACCGUGAUAUACAAUACGGCCGAGAUAACAAAGGCAGUCACACAGUGGCAGAAUAAAAUCAACUACACAUACGUUUGUUUCAUCACAAAACCGGAGAGCAACGUCUGUCCAGUGAUGUCCACAAAGAAAAUAUUGCAUGUAACAAGUCGUCCGGGUUUGGCCGGGGUAGGCCGUCGUUGUUAAUAAUAAUUUGUUCUUAACUGACUUGCCUAGUAAAAUAAAAAAAUAAAGUUACGUGACCUACAGCAUGGUCAAGCAAAUUAAUGUUUUCGACAGUUUACUAAACUACUACUGAUUUAGAACCACAGAGGGGUGCUGUUUCCCUCGCUCUGAUUUCUCCGGUGAGAUUCAGGCACUUACGAAUUGAAGUAAAAUUAUGAAAACACAGAAGAUAAAUUAUUUUAUAUCUAUUUUUUUUUUUGGGGGGGGGGGGGUCAAAUAUUUGGCGAAGCCUGGCUUUUGGCAACCGUGAAUACAGGCCACUGACUUUAGAUGGAAUUGAUGGACACAUUGGCUAUGUCCAUGCACAAACACAAGCUUGGGCAUUUAUCCAUCGGCACAAAGACAACAAGAGCACUGCCUCAGCUAUUCCAGCACCAUUUCAACUUACAUGUAAACAUCAUCAAAUCAAUUAGGCUAUAUAUGCUCAUUGAAAACAUUUAAAGAUGCCAAAAACAAUUUAAUCUAAUCAAUGUUCCUAAAUAUCAUGUGGCUGUGCAUAGUACUGAUUGUAGACUAGUUGAACGCCAAUGCCAUCCUCUCUUUCAUGUUGGCAAAACGGUCUAUGGCUGUGUCAUACAGUAUGCUUUUAGUUUUUGUCAUAAGGCUACCUAGCUAAGAUGCUUGCUAGCCUAACUUCCUCACAUGGGCAACAAUGAACCAGCUAAGUUGGCUAGCUAGUUAACGUGAGCCUACUAGGCUACAUCAAGGCUACAUAUUGAACUUCAAUCGUCUCAGGCCAGUGACACAAUAUAUGAAUUUAUGGUAAGAUCAGAAUCACAGUCAUAAUCAUUGGCCUGUUCAGAGAAUUAAGUCAAAACUACAAGUCCAAAUCUCCAUCCAUGGCUUAGGAAAUGGCCGAUUUAGCAAACUAGAUACUGCAGGACAUCAACGCAAGCAGACCAGAAACAGACACGUUUUUCUGACAAUUACGUUUUGCUUUGGAUGUUAUUUUGAUUGGUGUGAAGCCAAAUCCAAACUGGCUCCCUUGAGGGGCGUUUUGCUGAGCCAGAACAACCGACACUUGAGCUCAGCUCAACGCUGAUUGGCUAAUAAUUUAAUGCUUUUUUUUUUUAUCAAGGGAGGCCAUAUGCUUGCUGUCAUCAAUCAAUCAAAUGCUAAGGUGGCAACAUGUCAUACUCUUUUGGUCCAGACAGCAUCAGAUACAUGGGCUACACAUCCUUCCAUAUCCUUGUCUGUACAUAAUGCCCUGAAUCUUUUCUACAACACCCGGAAAUCUGCCCCCUUUAUUCUAUGUACCCAACGCACUAGAAGACCAGUUCUUAAAGCCUUUAGCCGUAUCCUUAUUCUAGUCCUCCUCUGUUCCUCUGGUGAUGUAGAGGCUAACCCAGGCCCUGCAGCCCUCAGUAUCACUCCUACUCCCCAGGCGCUAUCAUUCAUCCUGACUGGUUGCAUCACCGCCUGGUAUGGCAACUGCUUGGCCUCUGACCGCAAGGCACUACAGAGGGUAGUGCGUACGGCCCAGUACAUCACUGGGGCAAAGCUCCCUGCCAUCCAGGACCUCUAUACCAGGCGGUGUCAGAGGAAGGCCCUCAAAAUUGUCAAAGACUCCAGCCACCCUAGUCAUAGACUGUUCUCUCUGCUACUGCACGGCAAGCGGUACCGGAGUGCCAAGUCUAGGUCCAAAAGACUUCUCAACAGCUUCUACCCCCAAGCCAUAAGACUCCUGAACAGCUAAUCAUGGCUACCCGGACUAUUUGCACUGCCCCCCCACCCCAUCCUUUUUACGCUGCUGCUACUCUGUUAAGUAUUUAUGCAUAGUCACUUUAACUCUACCCACAUGUACAUAUUACCUCAACUACCUCAACUAGCCGGUGCCCCCGCACAUUGACUCUGCAACGGUACCCCCCUGUAUAUAUAGCCUCCCUACUGUCACUUUAUUUUACUGUAUAUAUAGCCUCCCUACUGUCACUUUAUUUUACUUCUGCUCUUUUUUUCUCAACACUUUUUUUGUUGUUGUUUUAUUCUUACUUUUUUUGUUUAAAAUAAAUGCACUGUUGGUUAAGGGCUGUAAGUAAGCAUUUCACUGUAAUGUCUGCACCUGUUGUAUUCGGCGCAUGUGACCAAUACAAUUUGAUUUGAUUUGAUUUGCUGACUUCUGUAAUCGCAAAAGUCUUGGUUUCUUGCACGUAAAUAUCAGAAGUCUACUUCCUAAGUUUGAGUUAUUCACUGCGUUCGCACACUCCGCCAACCCUGAUGUUCUAGCAGUGUCUGAAUCCUGGCUCAGGAAGGCUACCAAAAAUUCUGAAAUUUCCAUCCCCAACUAUAACAUUUUCCGUCUAGAUAGAACUGCCAAAGGGGGUGGAGUUGCAAUCUACUGUAGAGAUAGCCUGCAGAGCUCUAUCAUACUAUCCAGGUCUGUGCCAAAACAGUUUGAGCUUCUACUUCUAAAAAUCCACCUUUCCAGAAAUAAGUCUCUCACUGUUGCCGCUUGCUACAGACCCCCCUCAGCCCCCAGCUGUGCCCUGGACACCGUGUGGUCCUCUGUAGCUCAGCUGGUAGAGCACGGCGCUUGUAACGCCAAGGUAGUGGGUUCGAUCCCCGGGACCACCCAUACACAAAAAUGUAUGCACGCAUGACUGUAAGUCGCUUUGGAUAAAAGCGUCUGCUAAAUGGCAUAUUAUUAUUAUUAUUAUUAUAUGUGAAUUGAUUGCCCCCCAUUUAUCCUCAGAGUUCAUACUGCUUGGUGACCUAAAUUGGGAUAUGCUUAAUACCCCGGCCAUCCUACAAUCCAAACUAGAUGCCCUCAACCUCACGCAAAUUAUCAACGAACCUACCAGGUACAACCCUAAAUCCGUAAACAUGGGUACCCUCAUAGAUAUCAUCCUGACUAACAUACCCUCUAAAUACACCUCAGCUGUCUUCAACCAGGAUCUCAGCGAUCACUGCCUUAUUGCCUGCGUCCGUAACGGGUCCGCGGUCAAACGACCACCCCUCAUCACUGUCAAACGCUCCCUAAAACACUUUAGCGAGCAGGCCUUCCUAAUUGACCUGGCCCAGGUAUCCUGGAUGGAUAUAGAUCUCAUUACGUCAGUAGAGGAUGCCUGGUUGUUCCUUAAAAGUAAUUUCCUCUCAAUCUUAAAUAAACAUGCCCCAUUCAAAAAAUACAGAACUAAGAACCGAUAUAGCCCCUGGUUCUCCUCAGACUUGACUGCCCUUGACCAGCACAAAAACAUCCUGUGGCGUACUGCAUUAGCAUCAAAUAGCCCCCGCGAUAUGCAACUUUUCAGGGAAGUUAGGAACCAAUAUACACAAGCAGUCAGGAAAGCAAAGGCUAACUUUUUCAAACAGAAAUGUGCAUCCUGUAGCACUAACUCCAAAAAGUUUUGGGACACUGUAAAGUCCAUGGAGAAUAAGAGCACUUCCUCCCAGUUGCCCACUGCACUGAGGCUAGGAAACACUAUCACCACCGAUAAAUCUACAAUAAUCGAGAAUUUCAACAAGCAUUUUUCUACAGCUGGCCAUGCUUUCCAUCUGGCUACCACUACCCCGGCCACCAACUCUGCACCCUCCGCUGCAACUUGCCCAUGCCCCCCCCGCUUCUCCUUCACACAAAUUCAGACAGCUGAUGUUUUGAAAGCGCUGCAAAAUCUGGACCCCUACAAAUCAGCUGGGCUAGACAAUCUGGACCCUUUCUUUCUAAAACUAGCCGCCGAAAUAAUCCAGGUGAUUUACAGGUGACUGCAUGUCCCUCACAGUCAAUGUCAUUACUGACUCAGCACAGUGCAUCCUGUUCGCAGGUUAAGCCCCACUCUCACGUCACAAGCUACACAAGCUAGAGGCCUAAGUAAACACACAAUGAUCUCCCCUCAACAUCAGUAGUAGUAGGCCUAAAUGUUGACCUGUGGCCUGUAGCAGCUUUGCCUAGCCAGUAAAUAUAAACCAUGACUGAAGAAGGUUUUGUAUCUGUUACGACCAUGAACCCAAGCCUAGUGCCUUUUCCUGGGUCUCCCAACCGCUAGGCCUAACACUAUUGGCCAGACUGUCAGACUCUUCGGAAUUUUACAUACUAUACCUUUCCAUCAAAUCAAAUUUUAUUGGCCACAUGCUCCGAAUACAACAGGUGUAGACAUUACAGUGAAAUGCUUACUUACAGCCCUUAAACAACAAUGCAUUUAUUUUUUUAUAAAAAAGUAAAAUAAAACAACAACAAAAAAGUUUUGAGAAAAAAAGAGCAGAAGUAAAAUAAAAUAAGUAGGGAGGCUAUAUAUACAGGGGGGUACCGGUGCAAAGUCAAUGUGCGGGGGCACCGGCUAGUUGAGGUAAUAUAUACAUGUGGGUAGAGUUAAAGUGACUAUGCAUAAAUAAUUAACAGAGUAGCAGCAGCGUAAAAAGAUGGGGUGGGGGGCCAGUGCAAAUAGUCCGGGUAGCCAUGAUUAGCUGUUCAGGAGUCUUAUGGCUUAGGGGUAGAAGCUGUUGAGAAGUCUUUUGGACCUAGACUUGGCACUCCGGUACCGCUUGCCGUGCGGUAGCAGAGAGAACAGUCUAUGACUAGGGUGGCUGGAGUCUUUGACAAUUUUGAGGGCCUUCCUCUGACACCGCCUGGUAUAGAGGUCCUAGAUGGCAGGAAGCUUGGCCCCAGUGAUGUACUGGGCCGUACGCACUACCUUCUGUAGUGCCUUGCGGUCGGAGGCCGAGCAGUUGCCAUACCAGGUGGUGAUGCAACCAGUCAGGAUGCUCUCGAUGGUGCAGCUGUAGAGCUUUUUGAGGAUCUGAGGACCCAUGCCAAAUCUUUUCAGUCUCCUGAGGGGGAAUAGGCUUUGUCGUGCCCUCUUCACGACUGUCUUGGUGUGUUUGGACCAUGAUAGUUCGUUGGUGAUGUGGACACUAAGGUACUUGAAGCUCUCAACCUGUUCCACUACAGCCCCGUCGAUGAGAAUGGGGGUGUGCUCAGUCCUCUUUUUUUUUCUCCUGUAGUCCACAAUCACCUCCUUUGUCUUGGUUAUGUUGAGGGAGAGGUUGUUAUCCUGGCACCACACGGCCAGGUCUCUGACCUCCUCCCUAUAGGCUGUCUCAUCGUUGUCGGUGAUCAGGCCUACCACUGUUGUGUCGUCGGCAAACUUAAUGAUGGUGUUGGAGUCGUGCCUGGCCAUGCAGUCAUGGGUGAACAGGGAGUACAGGAGGGGACUGAGCACGCACCCCUGAGGGGCCCCCGUGUUGAGGAUCAGUGUGGCAGAUGUGUUGUUACCUACCCUUACCACAUACUACUACAUAUUACAUUACUACUACAUAUUACAUAUUACUACAUAAAUCACCUUAAAAUGUAAAUGAUACAGUUAAUAGACCAACAACCAGUGCUCCUCAUUUGAAGUCGGUUAUGCUCAGUAAUUUAAUCACAUUUAUCAAAUAACCAGUCAAAGCAUUUUUUUGCGGAAAAUGCCUUAUUUCCCCACAAAUGUAAUUGUGGUGAUCUGCUUUAUCUGAUAGCUUUCUCCUUUGGUGCAGUGCAGCCACGGUAACCAAUUGGCUUUGCUUUGAGAUUGGCUCUGAUUGGCUUUAAUCACCUGAGAAUCACAGUGAAGCCGCAUGCUCACAUCGACAGUGCGCUUGAUAAGGUGAAAUUUGCCUGAAGUAAUUUGUGUAAUGCAUGUGACAGUAAGCCAGGCCCUGCAGGUUACUGCUGCAGACUUGAACCCAAAGUUGAGGUACUGGUGAGACACCCCCAGUAGGGGUGGGGGGGGGGACGGGGGGGACAGGGAGGUACAUGGUGUAGGUUUGGGGAGAAGGGAGGGGUCCAGGCAUUCCACACACUGACAACCCCUCUCAACCACCCUGAGGCAGCAGCUGAGGGGUCUAUAUAUAGUGCAGGUGCUGUUUUUGGUGAAAGUGGGUGAGUCAGGGUGACCCAACCUGACUGUUACACCCACUGGGAUCCCUCUUUCUGAACCUUACCUACAGAACACACUUAUAUACACACACCAUGCCGCCCCGGGGCUGUUGUUGCUCCCAUCGCAGUAAUUGGGAUAUUGAGGGUGUGUAGAAGGAGGAUUAGGGAGGGUGGUGUUUAGGGGGGGAUGAGGGCAUGCAAGGAGCAUGUUUUUAGGAAGCACAGGGAGGUUCCUGAUUACUCCCCCUCAGGCUUCACUUGCUAACUGGAGCGUGGUGGUGCAUCAGGUUCAGGACCCCCGCUGCCCCCUUGUCAGUUGACAAAAGCAGUAAGCAUCCCAUUCCCUCUCUUACACCCAGCCUUCGAUCAUGAGAAACUCGGUACUCUCCCCAUUCCCUCUUUACAUGCACUGAAUCUUGAAUGUGUAGGCCUAAUAAAAAAACAUUUUGUUAUACGUACAGAGUAGUUAGUUUAAAUUGGCUUGAUCCCCCUGUUUUAUAAUCUAUUAUCUUAACACAAAGUCAAAUUAAAUGUAAGACACAAGUAUACAAUACAGUGGUGCAUCCAACUUCCCAACAUCCACUCAAAUAAUUGUUGUGUUUUCAUUGGUUGGAUAAAUUGCUAAGGACACAUGCCUGUCAGUCAGUAUUGGGGCUUGGUACAUUAGGCCUACACAUUUAAUUUUAGGAUAUAGACAAAAUGUAUGAGCUUGUAUAAGACAGGGGUGGCGAGGCAGUGUUUGUGUUGUGUGUGUGUUUAACUGUAAUCCCGGCGGUCUCUGCGGACCCCCAUCUGGCCCUGCUGCCGUCUGUCUCAAACGUGCUGCUCUUUGUCUGGGGCGGGCCCUGUGCGUCAGUCUAUGGUCUGGCUGUAGUGGGGUGGGGGCUGGGGAGGGCCAGCGCGUAAUUGGGGGUCAUUGUUUUGUCCUCCUCUGUUGACCUAUCUGUGUCGGAGGCCAGAGUGAUGGAUCAAUCAUGGUGUGGUUGUGGGUGGGUAGUCGUGACCUGUUGGUGGGAGUUCACGCGGGAAACCGUGGCAAGGAGGCGAUUGGACUGAUUUCAGAAAUUGAUUGUGGAAAUUGACCAACAAUUCUACAGUAACGGCAAAAAAGAAACUGCAAACACAUGCAACAAUUUUUGUUUGUUCAGCUUUUAUUAAUUUCUGAGCGUCCUGUCCAAAUAGCUUAGCUACCAACCAAUAAUUGCACCCACAGUGGUCAACGUGCUGCUUAGCCUCAUUGGCAAAACAAAUUAAUCUGAGACCAAAAGGCCUCUUAACUACUUACUUUUCCUUUCCUCUUAGUGUCAUUUUAACAGGAUCUUAUUCAUUAGAGCACACCGUAGCAAAACAUUUUGCACCACAAACAAAAACGAGCAUUUCUUAUUGGACAAGUUCAGGUAGCCCCUCACUGUUUGUCUGUUUUUUCCAUUUGGUACGUAGUGAAUACUCCUAGCUGAAAUGAAUGUAUCAACUAACAAAUGUGUGUGUUUCUGUGUUUGGACCCCCCUAUAGGCCCGCCGGCCCCCACCUCCCUCUUCCAGCCCCCGCGGAGGCCUGGCAUGGGCACCGUGGGGAAGCCCAUCCGCCUGCUGGCAAACCACUUCCAGGUGCAGAUUCCCAAGAUUGAUGUCUAUCAUUACGAUAUUGACAUCAAGCCUGAGAAACGGCCUCGGAGGGUCAACAGGUAAAUACAACUGGGCAUAGGGAGGGAAGGAGAGACAUUUCUUUCUUGAGGGGAGCUGGAAGGUAGAAAUUGAUUUUCACUGGAAGGAAGAGAGAGUAAGGUCUUAAGUUGAUAAUUGGAAGGUUUAGGUGUUUGGUAGAGGUUGUUAGGGGAGUUGAGGGAAUGGAAAUGUGUACUUGUUAGCGAAACAGGUCAAACUCAAGUGAGAGUUGUACAUGUGAGGAAAAUAAAAAUAGGUUUUUAACGGAGGGGCGGGUGGGAAGUUGUUUAUUUGAAACAUUUUGUGUAUAGGUAGGGACAGUGAAGACUAGGAUAGUUUCGUAAGCAGUCUGUGUGAAUGCAUUAUGUGGCCAUCUCAUGAUUCUCCUGUCUCACAGGGAGGUGGUGGACACCAUGGUUCGCCACUUCAAGAUGCAGAUCUUUGGUGAUCGACAACCGGGCUACGACGGGAAGAGGAACAUGUACACGGCCCAUCCACUACCAAUCGGAAGAGACAGGGUAAGCAAUCAUCUUAACCACCAUUGUACCUCUGGUUUUAGUGACGAUGUAAUGGGCUGUAUCUCCUUCCCAGCACCUCUGUCAGUUGAGAUUUUCCUGCCGCAUCCAGAACCACUGGAUCGGUUUUCCCAAAACUCGAUGUGCAUCAUCUGUUUAUUCUAGGCCUUGACCAGCUUCUUUAGAUAUACGUCAGGUCCACAGUUAUUAAAGAUCAGCAAAAAAAAGACUGUAUAAAAUUAAUAAUAUAUUGUGUGCCCCAAAAAUUGUUUAACAAGGUAGUAUGUACAGUGAGGGGAAAAAAAGUAUUUGAUCCCCUGCUGAUUUUGUACGUUUGCCCACUGACAAAGAAAUUAUCAGUCUAUAAUUUGAAUGGUAGGUUUAUUUGAACAGUGAGAGACAGAAUAACAACAACAAAAAGUAUCCUGGAAGGGAAUGGGCUUUGUCGUGCCCUCUUCACGACUGUCUUGGUGUGUUUGGACCAUGAUAGUUUGUUGGUGAUGUGGACACCAAGGAAUUUGAAGCUCUCAACCUGUUCCACUACAGCCCCGUUUUAUUGAUUGAGUCACUGGUGCUUCCUGCUUUAGUUUUUGGAUGGUGUCCAUAUUGAUCGUGUCCCUGCUUACAAAUAUCUGGGCUUCUGGAUAGAUGAAAGCUGUCUUUUAAAAAGCAUAUUGAUGAGUUAGUUAAGAAACUAAGAAUAAAAAUGGGAUUCUUCUGUAGAAAUACAGUCAGGUCCAUAAGUAUUUGGACAGUGACACCACAAUGGAUUUGAAAGGAAACAAUCAAGAUGUGCUUUAAGCGUAGACUUUCAUCUUUAAUUUAAUUUUAAUUGUCUCAAUUAUUGUAUGAACCGUGUAGGAAUUACAACCAUUUUUAUACAUAGCCCCCCAAUUUUAGGGGCUCAAAAGUAAUUGAACAAACUAACAUAAUCAUAAAUUAAAUUGAGUUUUAAUACUUGGUUGCAAAUCCUUUGCAGUCAAUGACUGCCUUAAGUCUGGAACCCAUAGACAUCACCAGAUGCUGGGUUUCUUCCUUGGUGAUGCUCUGCCUUUACUGCAGCUGUCUUCAGUUCCUGCUUGUUCUUGGGGCGUUUUGCCUUCAGCAAGUGAAAUGCAUGCUCAAUUGGAAUCAGGCUAAGUGAUUGACUUGGCCAUUGCGGAGCAUUCCACUUCUUUGCCUUAAAGUCUUGGGUUGCUUUUGCAGUAUGCUUCGGGUCAUUGUCUAUCUGCACUGUGAAGCGCCAUCCAAUGAGCUUUGAAGCAUUUGGCUGAAUCUGAGCAGAUAAUAUAGCCCUAAACACUUCAGAAUUCAUCCCGCUGAUUUUGUCAGCAGUCACAUCAUCAAUAACUACAAGGGAACCCGUUCCAUUGGCAGCCAUACAUGCCCACGCCAAAACACUACCUCCACCAUGCUUCACAGAUGAGGUGGUAUGCUUCGGAUCAUGAGCAGUUCCUUCCCUUCUCCAUACUCUUCCCAUCAUUCUGGUACAUGUUAACUUUGUCUUAUCUGUCCAUAGGCUGUUGUUCCAGAACUGUACAGGCUUUUUUUUGGCAAACUCUAAUCUGGUCUUCCUGUUUUAUAAGGUUUACCAAUGGUUUACAUCUUGUUGUAAACCCUCUGUAUUUACUCUGGUGAAGUCUUCUCUUGAUUGUUGACUUUGACACAUACGCCUACCUCCUGCACUUUCAGCUCAUAUUCAUUAUUUAAUUUAAACUCCAAUAUACUGUGGUAGGCAGCUAAAAUAACAAUAACUUGGUCAAUGUCCAAAUAUUUAUGGGCAUGACUGUAGGUCCUGCUUCUCGCUAAAUAGUAGAAAGCAGAUUAUUCAGUCGAUGUUCCUAUCGGUCCUAGGCUAUGGCGGCGACAUCUACAGUAUAUGAACGCAGCUGCCACUUCAUUAAAGCCGUUAGAUGCAUUUUAUCAUAGCGCACUGCGCUUUAUUACUAUUAUUAUGUGGUCCUCUGUAGCUCAGCUGGUAGAGCACGGCGCUUGUAACGCCAAGGUAGUGGGUUCGAUCCCCGGGACCACCCAUACACAAUAAAAUGUAUGCACGCAUGACUGUAAGUCGCUUUGGAUAAAAGCGUCUGCUAAAUGGCAUAUUAUUAUUAUUAUUAUUAUUUAUUACGGGUGACAAUUUUAGUACUCAUCACUGCGUUCUCUACCAGAAAGUUGGUUGGCCCACUUUGAUAUCACGUAGGUUGGUACAUUGCUAUGUUUUCAUUUAUAAAGCCCUUUUACAAAAGUCACACUGUAACUAACAUCAUUACUAAACUUUAGGCAUACGAGUUACCUCAUCCGGUCUCAGGGAUAGCUAACUCUGGAAAUUCCUUUGGUCUCUGCUGAGUUUUCUUACUCUUUGUUUUUGUGGUACAAUCUUCAAAAUGUUCUUACAUUUUAUGUUCUGGUGCCUCUAGGGUUAUUCAGAAAGCUGAGGACCUUAUUACUGAUGAAUGUGUUUGUUUUUUAUGACCGUGUUUUUCUUUCUGCUUGCAUUUUUUAUUUCAAUUUUUAUUUGUGUAUUUUCUGUAACUUGUGUAAUUCAGGGCUCGUCUCAAUAAAAAUGAAAAAGGUGAGGUAUUGAAAACAGGGUUGAAAACAGUGGUCCUCUGUAGCUCAGCUGGUAGAGCACGGCGCUUGUAACGCCAGGGUAGUGGGUUCGAUCCCCGGGACCACCCAUACACAAAAAUGUAUGCACGAAUGACUGUAAGUCGCUUUGGAUAAAAGCGUCUGCUAAGUGGCCUAUUAUUAUUAGGGUUGCCAAUCGUUUUGAACCCUAUCUUUUAGAGAAAAAAAUGUACUACUUAAAUAAAAUGUGUUUAUCUGAGAAAUCUUUUUUAUAUAUUUUUUAAAAUAAAAAAGCUCACUAUUUGUAUUUAUUUUAUGUAGUCUUUUUUUUGCUCCACUUUAUCAAGGUUGCCAAUCAUUUUGGACCUGACUGUAUAGUUCAGAGCAUAUCACCAAUAUCUUUAUUUGUGGCUUUCCUUGCCUUUCAACCAUUCCCUAACACCCCGCUCUCACUUUCUCUCUCCUCUAGGUGGAUCUGGAGGUGACUCUACCGGGGGAGGGGAAGGACCAGACCUUCAAGGUGUCGCUGCAGUGGGUGUCGGUGGUGAGCCUGCAGAUGCUCCUGGAGGCCCUGUCAGGCCACAAUGAGGUCCCCGAGGACUCUGUUCAGGCCUUGGACGUCAUCACCCGCCACCUGCCUUCCAUGAGGUACAUGUUCCCACUAUAUGGCCAACUUGCAAAGUCGAAAUUGGCUAUAAUGUGAACAUUUAUGAACACACAUUUGCUUGUUGGUCUAAAUGUAAGUUUAGGGUUAGGCAUGAGGUACAUGGCGUCUAUAACUUGGCGCCAAAAACACAUCUCUCUCUUCCUGUGGCAAAAUACCAGUUGUUGUUCAUGGUUUCAUUGCAUUGAUAUAGCUUGGUAUCCUAUAUCAAAUAGUCUUGCCCAUAUACAGUGGCUUGUGAAAAGUAUUCACCUCCCUUGACAUUUUUCCUAUUUUGUUGCCUUACAACCUGGAAUUAAAAUGGAUUUUUGGGGGGGUUUGUAUCAUUUGAUUUACACAACAUGCCUACCACUUUGAAGAUGCAAAAUAUUUUCUCUUGUGAAACAAACAAGAAAUAAAACAAAAAAACUGAACUUGAGCGCGCAUAACUAUUCACCCCCCCCAAAGUCAAUACUUUGUAGAGCCACCUUUUGCAUUUGCAGCAAUUACAACUGCAAAGUCUCUUGGGGUAUGUCUCUAUAAGCUUGGCACAUCUAGCCACUGGGAUUUUUGCCCAUUCUUCAAGGCAAAACUGCUCCAGCUCCUUCAAGUUGGAUGGGUUCCGCUGGUGUGCACCAAUCUUCAAUUGGAUUGAGGUCUGGGCUUUGACUAGGCCAUUCCAAGACAUUUAAAUGUUUCCCCUUAAACCACUCAAGUGUUGCUUUAGCAGUAUGCUUAGGGUCAUUGUCCUGCUGGAAGGUGAACCUCCAUCCCAGUCUCAAAUCUCUGGAAGACUGAAACAGGUUUCCCACAAGAAUUUCCCUGUAUUUAGCGCCAUCCAUCAUUCCUUCAAUUCUGACCAGUUUCCCAGUCCCUGCCGAUGGAAAAAUAUCAGGGUGAUGAGAGGUGUUGGGUUUGCGUCAGACAUAGCGUUUUCCUUGAUUGCCAAAAAGCUCAAUUUUAGUCUCAUCUGACCAGAGUACCUUCUUCCAUAUGUUUGGGGAGUCUCCCACAAGGCUUUUGGCAAACACCAAACAUAUUUGCUUUAAGCAAUGGCUUUUUUCUGGCCACUCUUCCGUAAAGCCCAGCUCUGUGGAGUGUACGGCUUAAAGUGGUCCUAUGGACAGAUACUCCAAUCUCCGCUGUAGAGCUUUGCAGCUCCUUCAGGGUUAUCUUUGGUCUCUUUGUUGCCUCUCUGAUGAAUGCCCUCCUUGCCUUGUCCGGGAGUUUUGGUGGGCGGCCCUCUCUUGGCAGGUUUGUUGUGGUGCCAUAUUCUUUCUAUUUUUUAAUAAUGGAUUUAAUGGUGCUCCGUGGGAUGUUAAAAGUUUAGGAUAAAACAUUUUUAACCCAACCCUGAUCUGUACUUCUCCACAACUUUGUCCCUGACCUGUUUGGAGAGCUCCUUGGUCUUCAUGGUGCCGCUUGCUUGGUGGUGCCCCUUGCUUAGUGGUGUUGCCGACUCUGGGGCCUUUCAGAACAGGUGUAUAUAUAUAUACUGAGAUCAUGUGACACUUAGAUUGCACACAGGUGGACUUUAUUUAACUAAUUAUGUGACUUCUGAAGGUAAUUGGUUGCACCAGAUCUUAUUUAGGGGCUUCAUAGCGAAGGGGGUGAAUACAUAUGCACGCACCACUUUUCCGUUAAUUUUUUAGAAUGUUUUGAAAGAAGUUAUUUUUUCAUUUCACUUCACCAAUUUGGACUAUUUUGUGUAUGUCCAUUACAUGAAAUCCAAAUAAAAAUCCAUUUAAAUUACAGGUUGUAAUGCAACAAAAUAGGAAAAACGUCAAGGGGGAUGAAUACUUUUGCAAGGCACUAUAAACAGUGAAUAACUUUAUGGCCAGUUUCCACACAAAGUUCCAAAUAAAUAACUCUAUGCCUAUGACCUAAUUUCAUCAGAACAUAAAGGAGACCCUUUUAGAGGUUUAGAAUAGUAUAAGGGAAUUUCUGUUGUGUCAUUCUGAGGUGUAAAGAGUGAUCUCUUACAGAAUAGUCUUGUCUGUCAUUCUUUGCUCCGUUGUGAUCCCUCUAACUGAACAAGUUCUCUAACUGACUCUCAAUGUGGAUGUUUCCAGGUACACUCCAGUGGGGCGCUCCUUCUUCUCCCCUCCGGAGGGCUACUACCACCCCCUGGGCGGAGGGAGGGAGGUAUGGUUCGGCUUCCAUCAGUCGGUCCGUCCUGCUAUGUGGAACAUGAUGCUCAACAUCGAUGGUAAGAGCCCUUUGUGUGUCUAUAGGUUAGCCUUAAUUAUCUUCUGACUGUAGUCAGUACAAUGACUCAAUAAUGUAAAAAUCCCAUGCUAUUUGUGUGCUUGUGUAUUUGUGUUGGAGUAAUAUAAAGUGUAUUGAUGUUUCCUUUGGUCAUGAACCUUACAUCUGUCUCCCUUCGUCUCCCCACAGUCUCCGCCACCGCUUUCUACCGUGCCCAGCCCGUGAUCGAGUUCAUGUGCGAGGUGCUCGACAUUCAGAACAUCAACGAGCAGACCAAGCCACUCACCGACUCCCAACGCGUCAAGUUCACCAAGGAGAUCCGAGGUGGGUGGGGACCUGCAGGUCAGACCAAUGUUUUUACCAUGUUUCUACACACCAAUGCUGCAUCUGAAAUGGCACCCUAUAGACGGGGUUAGCUGACAUUGUCACGAAACCAAUGCGCACGCUUAAAUGGGGCAGAAGUCUGUGUUGUGAUUCUGGAUGGCCAGAUAGCUAGCAACAAUGACAAGAAGCUGCCAUGUGAGGAAUCGUAGGUGGCUCGUUUCAGCUAGUUUUAUCUUGUUCUUGAUACCAUGUCUUGUUUUGAAGUGUUUUGACUGAUGUCAAGUCUAUGCUAAAAUGGCAAAAAUUAGUUGGCUAGGUAACCAACAACUGUAAUGAUGUAUUUGAGAGACAAGUGCUCAUUGUGCAAAUGUAUUUAUGUUUUCAAAAUAAAUAUAAAUAUAGUUUACAUGUUGUCAACAAUCUAAGCCAACCCCUUCUGUUUUGCCCCAUAGUUGCGCACGCGUCGGUUUUGUUGCUAAACAACCAACCCUUCUAUUCACUAUAUAAUGCACUACUUUUGGGCCCUGGUCAAAAGUAGUGCACUACAUAGGGAAUAAGGUGACAUUUCGAGGUGCCCCAAGCCUUAUUAGAUGGCAUCCACCCACCCAGACAACUGUACUGUACUACACUGUAGUGUACCUCAGGGUCUCGUGUCAAGUCCAUUCCAAUGCAUGAAGUGAAUUGGGAAUCCAGUUAGAGAAUUGUGAAAAAUCUUUACUGAAAAUAAAUGACCCUUUAACUCGUAUCUCUUAAUUUGAAUUUCAAUGUAUAUGAAUUGAGAUGGAAUUGACACCCAUCCGUGCUGUACACCCAUAAUCUGCACUAUGGGCUGAAUCCUAACGUGAGAUAUGCGUGCUUGACUUGAACUUAGUGUAACUUUUUUGUAAAUCAGGGAUGGGCAACUUUGAUGAGGGUGGGUGCCACAAAAAAACUAAACUCAUCAUGAGGGGCCGCAGUGGCUCGUGGGUCUGCGUAUCCACCCCCCCCCCCCCCCCCACACACACACACACCUUGCGAGCAAAACAUUCUAGCGGCCCCCCUCGUGACAGCGAAGAGAAAAAAAAAAUGUUUUAAAGUUCAUUUCCUGCAAUUCUGCACAUUUUGCCAUGGGGCGCAGAGAAAAUGUUGCAGUUUUUAAAGCAAGUUUGCUGCAAUUCUACUAGGGCUGGACAGUAUGCCAUAUUUUCCGAUAUAGUGGUAUUGAUGCACCGGUUGGAGUUUUUACUUUACCUUCUAUGACGGUAUUUGAAUGGUUGGUUUGUUAAAGGUGAUACGCUGUGUAUAACGUCCAUUUUUAUAGUUUACUUCGCUAUUUGGGUCAUCUAUCUCCGCUCUCUCAUUCCAUGCCACUUUCCACACAGACCUAGACCCACACCCAUCCAGUUGUGUCUUAGCUCUCUCUAAUAACACCUGUGACUGCUUUAUGCCUCUCUCCCAUGUCAAUUAUGCCUUGCCUAUUGCUGUUUGGGUUAGUUCUUAUUAUACAAUUUCACUGUAGAACCCCUAGUCCCUCUCAAACUGCCUCAUAUAGUUCCUUUGUUCCACCCCCCAUACACGCCGAGACCGGCUCAAUCGGUGCCUCCAAUGACGCUAUCUCUUUCAUUGUUACCCAACGCUUAGGGUUACCUGAACUGUACUCAUAUCCUUCCAUAUCCUUUUCUGUACAUAAUGCCCUGAAUCUUUUCUACAACGCCCGGAGAACUGCCCCCUUUAUUCUAUGUACCCAACGCACUAGAAUACCAGUUCUUAAAGCCUUUAGUCGUAUCCUUAUUCUAGUCCUCCUCUGUUCCUCUGGUGAUGUAGAUGCUAACCCAGGCCCUGCAGCCUCCAGUAUCACUCCUACUCCCCAGGAGCUAUCAUUUGUUGACUUCUGUAACCGUAAAAGUCUAGGUUUUCUGCACAUAAAUAUCAGAAGCCUCCUUCCUAAGUUUGAGUUAUUCACUGCGUUAGCACACUCCGCCAACCCUGAUGUUCUAGCUAUAACAUUUUCCGUCUAGAUAGAACUGCCAAAGGGGGUGGAGUUGCAAUCUACUGUAGAGAGAGCCUGCAGAGCUCCAUCAUACUAUCCAGGUCUGUGCCCAAACAGUUUGAGCUUCUACUUCUAAAAAUCCACCUUUCCAGAAAGAAAUCUCUCACUGUUGCCGCUUGCUACAGACCCCCCUCAGCCCCCAGCUGUGCCCUGGACACCAUAUGUGAAUUGAUUGCCCCCCAUCUAUCCUCAGAGUUCGUACUGCUUGGUGACCUAAAUUGGGAUAUGCUUAACACCCCGGCCAUCCUACAAUCUAAACUAAAUGCCCUCAAUCUCACACAAAUUAUCAACGAACCUACCAGGUACAACCCUAAAUCCGUAAACAUGGGUACCCUCAUAGAAAUCAUCCUGACUAACUUACCCUCCAAAUACACCUCCGCUGUCUUCAACCAGGAUCUCAGCGAUCACUGCCUUAUUGCCUGCGUCCGUAACGGGUCCGCGGUCAAACGACCACCCCUCAUCACUGUCAAACGCUCCCAAAAACACUUCAGCGAGCAGGCCUUCCUAAUUGACCUGGCCCAGGUAUCCUGGAUGGAUAUAGAUCUCAUUCCGUCAGUAGAGGAUGCCUGGUUGUUCUUUAAAAGUAAUUUCCUCUCAAUCUUAAAUAGACAUGCCCCAUUCAAAUAAUACAGAACUAAGAACAGAUAUAGCCCCUGGUUCUCCUCAGACUUGACUGCCCUUGACCAGCACAAAAACAUCCUGUGGCGUACUGCAUUAGCAUCAAAUAGCCCCCGCGAUAUGCAACUUUUCAGGGAAGUUAGGAACCAAUAUACACAAGCAGUUAGGAAAGCAAAGGCUAACUUUUUCAAACAGAAAUUUGCAUCCUGUAGCACUAACUCCAAAAAGUUUUGGGACACUGUAAAGUCCAUGGAAAAUAAGAGCACUUCCUCCCAGCUGCCCACUGCACUGAGGCUAGGAAACACUAUCACCACCGAUAAAUCUACAAUAAUCGAGAAUUUCAACAAGCAUUUUGCUACGGCUGGCCAUGCUUUCCACCUGGCUACCACUACCCCGGCCACCAGCUCUGCACCCUCCGCUGCAACUUGCCCAUGCCCCCCCCCGCUUCUCCUUCACACAAAUCCAGACAGCUGAUGUUCUAAAAGAGCUGCAAAAUCUGGACCCCUAGAAAUCAUCUGGGCUAGACAAUCUGGACCCUUUCUUUAUAAAACUAGCCGCCGAAAUUGUCGCAACCCCUAUUACUAGCCUGUUCAACCUCUCUUUCGUAACGUCUGAGAUCCCCAGAGAUUGGAAAGCUGCUGCGGUCAUCCCCCUCUUCAAAGGGGGUGACACUCUAGAUCCAAACUGUUACAGACCCAUAUCCAUCCUGCCCUGCCUUUCAAAAGUUUUUGAAAGCCAAGUCAACAAACAGAUCACCGACCAUUUCGAAUCCCACCGUACCUUCUCCGCUAUGCAAUCCGGUUUCCGAGCUGGUCAUGGGUGCACUUCAGCCACGCUCAAGGUCCUAAACGAUAUUAUAACCGCGAUCGAUAAUAGACAGUACUGUGCAGCCGUUUUCAUUGACCUGGCCAAGGCUUUCGACUCUGUCAACCACCGCAUUCUUAUUGGCAGACUAAAUAGCCUUGGUUUCUCAAAUGACUGCCUCGCCUGGUUCACCAACUACUUCUCAGAUAGAGUUCAAUGUGUCAAAUCGGAGGGCCUGUUGUCUGGACCUAUGGCAGUCUCUAUGGGGGUGCCACAGGGUUCAAUUCUUGGGCCGACUCUUUUCUCUGUGUAUAUCAAUGACGUCGCUCUUGCUGCUGGUGACUCUCAGAUCCACCUCUACGCAGACGACACCAUUUUGUAUACAUCUGGCCCUUCAUUGGACACUGUGUUAACAAACCUCCAAACGAGCUUCAAUUCCAUACAACACUCCUUCAGUAGCCUCCAACUGCUCUUAAACACUAGUAAAACUAAAUGUAUGCUCUUCAACCGAACGCUGCUUGCACCCGCCCACCCGACUAGAAUCACUACUCUCGACGGGUCUGACCUAGAGUAUGUGGACAACUACAAAUAUCUAGGUGUCUGGUUAGACUGUAAACUCUCCUUCCAGACUCACAUUAAGAAUCUCCAAUCCAAAGUUAAAUCUAGAAUCGGUUUCCUAUUUCGCAACAAAGCCUCCUUCACUCAUGCUGCCAAACAUGCCCUCGUAAAACUGACUAUCCUACCGAUCCUUGACUUCGGCGAUGUCAUUUACAAAAUAGCCUCCAACACUCUACUCAGCAAAUUGGAUGUAGUCUAUCACAGUGCCAUCCGUUUUGUCUCCAAAGCCCCAUAUAAUACCCACCACUGUGACCUGUACGCUCUUGUUGGCUGGUCCUCACUACAUAUUCGUCGCCAAACCCACUGGCUCCAGGCCAUCUAUAAAUCACUGCUAGGCAAAUCCCCGCCUUAUCUUAGCUCAUUGGUCACCAUAGCAACACCCACCCGUAGUCUGCGCUCCAGCGGGUAUAUCUCACUGGUCAUCCCCAAAGCCAACACCUCCUUUGGCCGCAAUUCCUUCCAGUUCUCUGCUGCCAAUGACUGGAACAAAUUGCAAAAAUCUCUGAAGCUGGAGACACUUAUCUCCCUCACUAACUUUAAGCAUCAGUUGUCAGAGCACCUUACCGAUCACUGCACCUGUACACAGCCCAUCUGAAACUACCUCAUCCCUAUGUUAUUUAUUUUGCUCAUUUGUACCCCAGUAUCUCUAUUUGCACAUCAUCUCUUGCACAUCUAUCAUUCCAGUGUUAAUACUAAUUGUAAUUAUUUUGCACUAUAGCCUAUUUUAUUGCCUUACCUCCAUAACUUGCUAAAUUUGCACACACUGUAUAUUAUAUGUAUUUCUGUUGUAUUUUUGACUUUGUUUUGUUUAACCCCAUAUGUAACUCUGUGUUGUUGUUUUUAUCGCACUGCUUUGCUUUAUCUUGGCCAUGUCGCAGUUGUAAAUGAGAACUUGUUCUCAACUGGUUUACCUGGUUAAAUAAAGGUGAAAAAAAAAAAAAAACCUGUCACUUAAGGAGCACAUUUGUUGUUCCUCGACCACGAGACACUUGCAUUCAGUCUGCAUGGUCAGUGAAGCACAUGCAACGAUGUUGAUGACAACGAUGCUGUUUUCACUUUGCUUCAUAAUAUAAAUCCACUAGCGUUCUAUAAUUACAUUAUUAGUUUGUGUUUCUUACAUCUGCAAACUGCGAGUUUGUUUUUUCUUAGCAAGUUGGGCCUAAAACGUGUUAGCCGCUAAUGCUAAUCGUUAGUUAGCUGGCUGAGUCAGAGCAAACGUAAUUAGCUAUAAAGCCUGAUAAUACCAGUGAUGGUGUAGACCUAAAUCAGCAUGUUUGUGCAACAGUAUGUUCUUAAUCAAAGAAGAAUACACAAAUAAUUAAUAUGCUAGCUACAUGAAGUAGCUAAGAGAGAACAUUUCAAUGUAGCCAAAGAUUAUAGGGUCCCCUAGGAAUCACUUGUCAACACUUUGGUUCUUACCCUGUCACCAUAACUCCUGUCACAAUAACUCCUCCCUGGCAUUUUAAUUAGUUGUGAUGUCAAACAACACUGUAUUCAAAGUGCCCACUAUUAUAUUAUAACUAUAUAGAAUUAGAAUAAUAAUUAUAUUUCCAUGAUUCCAACAGUUCACCCAAGUGUUUUGCUCGAAAUCGCAAGUAAGUUCACAAUUGCAACAUUUGGUUAAAAAUAAGACCUAGAUUGUUUGGCCAUAUCGUGCAGCCCUACGUGGCAGUGUGGAAAUUAUAUCAAAUGAGUGCAGGAAAUGCAGAAAAUUGUUUUUGGUUGAAAUAAACAGUAUAAAACAAACAGAAUGGAGAAAGACCCAUUGAAAUCACUUAGAAUGUGUGUGUUGCCACCCUAGGGUCACACACUACUCAUAAAGAACUUGUAUUAUUCAAAAACAUAAAAUACCGUCCAAUUUAUUUUAAAAUACUGUGAUAUUAUAUUUUGGCCAUAUCGCCCUGCCCUAAAUUCUACACAUUUUGCCAUGGGGUGGAGAAGAUAUUGCAAUUUUAUAACUCAUUUCCUGCAUUUCUACACAUUCUGCCAUAGGGUGGAGGCAAAUGUUUCUCCUUGUUUAAUAUGAUAACUGAUAAAUCAGUCUAUAGAUAAAUAAAAUGUUUGCUGACAUGGGCUUAAUUGAGUGACUGCUGAUGCACAACCACAUUUCUAAAUUGCACCUUUUGUAUUAUAUUAUUCUAGCUGUGAUCACUAAGUUGAGACCCUGACCCCCCCCAAUUUCUUUUUUUUUUUUUUUUUUUACUAUGAAAUUGGUCCACUGGCCUAAAAAAAGGGGGGCGGGCUGCCAGUUGCCCAUCCCUGGUGUAAAUCAUGCAUUGCUGUUUAUGGGUUUUGAGUUAAGCACAGCCAUCUCAAGUUCGAGUUAGGCCAUGUGAGAAGGCAAGCCGUCACUUCAUAAGAGCAAAACCACAGUCUUGCUUAACAGUCAAAGAUGGAACUGUCUAAAAUGAUCUGCUAAAAUGUCUUGAAUUGCAAAGAUUUUUCAAUGAUGCCCUGAAAUGUCAGUUUCAAACUCCACUCGUUAUAUCUCCCCCCUCUUUUUCUCUGUGUCUGGCCCUAUUUGUGAUGUGCUCUUCUGGGUGUUUCUAUGCAUAUGUUUUUCGCUCUCAGGUCUGAAAGUCGAGGUCACUCACUGUGGUCAGAUGAAGAGGAAGUAUCGCGUGUGCAAUGUGACUCGCCGCCCCGCCAGCCACCAAACGUAAGUGCUGCACUAGUCGCUACACUUUCCAGUUAGCAUCUUCCACAUGUCCCUGUGGCCCUAGCCGACCUACGCGAAGUUUCUCUUAUGUAUUUUUAAUCAACCUAUCCAAAAAUACAAACCGUCUCUAUCUCUUGAUACAAGAUCAUGUUGAUGCAAUACCCAAGACGAGAUGCAUUGCUCUUUCCUUUUGUUUUGCUCUUUUGUUUUAUUAAUACGGUGUAUUAAUAUGUAUUAUGUCCUUGUCUGCCCAUUGCUCAGGUUCCCCUUGCAGCUGGAGAAUGGCCAGGCCAUGGAGUGUACAGUGGCUCAGUACUUCAAGCAGAAGUACAGCCUACAGCUCAAAUACCCCCACCUACCCUGCCUACAAGUGGGGCAGGAACAGAAGCACACCUACCUACCCCUGGAGGUGAGAGGGUGGCUCUAAAACACGCAGACACACACACACACCUCGAGAUGUUUCACUCAGGGUGGUCCUCCAAGCCUUCGUGGCUUUGACGGAAUUGCAUGAAGGCAACACUCAUUGCACCUAUGCAUUGUUGACCUGAUGGGUAGGGGGGGGGGGGAAGGGUUUCGGACCUGGGCGUGGUCAGACUUUAGUUUCCAGCUUACUGCAGUUCAUGAGGCACAAAAUGGAAGAAAAGGGACUGAAACGGGAGCGAAUACCUGGACUUGUCCAAUAAGAAACAAUCCUUUUCAUGUUUCUCCAUUACUGGACUACUGUGAUAGUCAGUAACUAACUAUUCUAUGUCUGCAUACAGGUUUGUAACAUUGUGGCCGGGCAGCGUUGCAUCAAGAAGCUGACAGAUAACCAGACCUCCACCAUGAUCAAAGCUACAGCACGUUCUGCACCUGACAGGCAGGAAGAGAUCAGCCGACUGGUGAGUGAUUACUUGCCCCCUCUGUGGUUGGAGUGUGAACUGCAACACAAGAAGUGGCGCGCCGUAGUCAAAGAGAGUACAGUAUGAGGAUGGGCAGAAACUGCAUCUCUAGUAGAAAUCCCCGAUCACACUUGUAGGCGAUGUCAUGGCGAAGUUGUCUAGUUAGGCUCAUGCCCAGAAACGCGUCAUCGGGGUCUAACGGUUGUCUCGCGCCGAACUGCGCAUGUGCAGGCCGUCUAAAUCAAAGCCACUCCUUCGAUAUAAAGUUGUUUUUGGCUCAAAUGAAAACGUGUCAGGUUGUCACUUUCACGAGGUUGGAGUAAUAACAUGUUCAACUACUUGAGACAUUGGCCCGACAUGAGACAUUGGCUCGAAUCUAAGUUGUUAAUUUUCACUUCUCUCAUUGACUUCCCAAACCCUGGCCUGGUCUGUUUCGCAAGCGUUCCCGGAUGUCUCGCGAUGUUGCACCUCUGCAUUUAGAAACUUUGUGCUGUAGUCUGAGGCAGCCAUGAGUUUUUUUGCAAGGAAAAUACACUGUUAGGUCUUUUGAGUGUUUGCCAUAUCAGUGUUACUGUUUUCUAAAGAAGUGUGGUUGUCCAGAAACGGUAUGCAGUCUUGAAACCCCAACCUCAAUGCGCAUAUCUCUUGCCUCAUAUGGCUUCCUUACUCUGAAUAUUCCAUCUCCACCCCCCCAAAUAUCAUCUAGGCCAGGUUACUGUAAAGGACUGUUUGUGUGAAAAGGGCUUUAUGAAUUAAUUUGAUGAUCUGGUGUUGGUGAUGGUCGAUUGCGGAAGAAAUCUAAAUGCAAGGUUCACAACUAAAAAUACUCUUGACACUAGCAGGAAAGCAAAGUCUUCUCUGCCUGCCUAACCCCUUUCCUCCUUUCACACCACUUUCUCUCACUUCGUCCCCCCAGGUCAAAAGCAACAGCAUGGUGGGUGGUCCCGACCCAUACCUGAAGGAGUUUGGCAUUGUGGUGCACAACGACAUGACCGAGGUGACGGGCCGAGUCCUCCCAGCGCCCAUGCUGCAGUAUGGGGGCCGGGUGAGUACCGACACUGGGCGGGACUGUGGCAGGGUGAGUACUGGGGCACCGGGCUGGGCCAAUGUUUCACGGGAGGGACGGGCCGUGUGUGUGUGUGUGUGUGUGUGUGUGUGUGUGUGUGUGUGUGUGUGUGAAUGAAAAGGGUGAGUGGACUAACCAAGGGGAGGAGGAUGAGACUUCAUGCCACACAGCACAUUUAAUGAAAUUCAAUAACCCUUAGUGAAAAAACGGUCUUCUGGCAAACAGUUGUGAAACCUUUGGCUAAUUUGUUGCAAAAUAUGCACCAAGCUUGUAUUUUCACAAGCAAAUUAGUUUUGUGGCAAACUGUUGCAACUUGUGAAUUUCUGGCAAACAAUUCUAGGAAACUUGUGGCGAACGUUCUACUUUUUGCUGCAAACUCAGUAUGUAUAUGCAAAUUAGAUCAGGUUUUUGGUUACUGUGUGUUAACAUUGAAAUGUAUCUACAUAAACCAAGUCACAUAUAGGUCUAACUUUAAAUGAACUUGCUUCUCACAGAGAACUAAACUAAACAUACUAAAUAUACUAGACAUGUAUUCAAUGUCUUAAGAGAUAAAAAAAUAAUUAAUACAACUUGAAAUCAUCAGCAUGCUAAUGAAGAAAAGAGCAAAGACUAGAUAUUUCCCAAAUAAAUUGUUUAUUUAAUAUUGUUAUGUAGCUCAAUUUACAUGAGAGAAAUGUGAACACUAUGGGGAUGUUGACCUUAGGAUGUUUAAAGGGGCAACUACAGAAUUUACAUGAGCCAAGUGGUAACUGAGCAAUAUCUUUCAACCAAUGCAAGUUUAAAAGAUAAUUAACAACAUUUAAAUAAUUAAAACAACUAAAUCAAACCCAGUUCAGAACUAUUGCCUUUUUGAGUGAACUUUGGAGAUGGAGGCUCUGUGGAAGUCCUUCGUCCAAAGCUUGUUGAAUGCAUGCACUGAAACAAUCAGAAAUUAGGAUAAAAAAAUCUGAAAACAUUUUCUAUUUUGGCAUCUUAAGGUAGACUCGGCAGCUAAUGGUCGGGUUUGGCUUUGGAAAAACGGGGUCAGCUGUUACAAAAUUGCCUUGAUGUUGCUAUGCUUCUCACUGAAACUGGCAUUCUAUAUAUUUUUCAGCAAGGAAACAAUGUUUCUGCCUUGUAUAAAUGCUAUAAAAAGAAACGUUGUAGCUGGCAUAAACUGGAACUUAGGCCUACUAAAUCUACCUUUUAAAUGUGUGACCAACUGUUCCUCGAGAGCCAAAGUAUACACAAUUUCUCUCCAGCCAAGCCUCAACACAAUUGAUUAAAACGAAUCAACUAAUUAUGAUAUUCAAUCUAGACUGGGGACUUCAUCAUUAAGAGACAGUUGUCUACUAGUUGUCUAUUCUUCCUGACUCAGGUGUGUGUAAGGCUUGGGUCUUCUUCCUGACGCAGGUGUGUGGAAGAAAAGCAACAAAAGCAGUUCAUAUUAUUUGUCCAAAAUGAAUUAUUGUUAAUUAACAUCUCAAAGCCAUACAUGCAAGAAGUUCAUUAGGUCGACAGAACAUUAAGAACAUUCCUAAUAUUCGUCGGGGCGUUGACUCCACAAGGUAUCGAAAGCAUUCCACAGGGAUGCUGGCCCAGAUUGACUCCAACAUGGGCCAGCAAGUUGGCUGGAUGUCCUUUGGGUGGUGGACUAUUCUUGAUACAUACGGGAAACUGUUGAGGUGAAAAACCCAGCAGCGUUGCAGUUCUUGACACAAACCAGUGUGCCAGGCACCUACUACCAUACCCUGUUCAAAGGCACUUCAAUAUUUUGUCUUAGCCAUUCACUCUCUGAAUGGCACACGCACACAGUCAAAGUCUCAAUUGUCUUGUGGCUUAAAAAUCAUUCUUUAACCUGCCUCCUCCCCUUCAUCUACACUGAUUUGAAAUGGAUUUAACAAGUGACAUCAAUAGCUUUCACCUGGUCAGUCUGUCAUGGAAAAAACAGGUGUUCUUAAUGUUUUGUAGAUUCUGUGUAUUUCUGUCCUCAGUUUGAUUGAAGGACUCAAUGUCUUUUUGGCUACUAAAUGAUUGCUUCUAGGAAGAGAUGGAACAACACAUGAUCAAGAUGUGCUAGCUACUUGUUUAAACCAAUGAAAUAUCUAAUUGCUACAAAGAAUGAAUGUAUGGGCUACAUUUGAAAAUAAUACAUGCAUUUGCUUACCUCAUCAAGCUUGAAGACAAUACUCAUUUAUCACUCAAAAAGUGUUAUGAGUGAGUGCACCACAAACAUCUUUCCAGGGUGUUGAUGCAUCCUCCUCCCAAUACAGCCUCUUCCAACACCACAGGUAGGGUAUCCAUCUGGAAACAGUGACACUAGCAUAUUGGUAUUAAAAGACAGCAAUGUAUUCACCUAAAAAUUGUGCAAAAAUAUGAUAUCUAAGCGCUAGCCAGCUAGCUAAGUGCUAGCCAGUUAGUGGCACUGACAGAUUAAAACUGGUAUCAACAAAAUGUUUCACUUUAUCCCGUAAAACAUGACACUUCUAACUAGGCAUCAAUUAGCUAACACAAUUUAAGUUUAUUAGGAAGUUUAAUAAGUUGGUCUCUUACCAGACAACUUUGGUAGGUAGCUAGCAAGCUAGAUAGCUUGGUUUACAUUUUCCAACAGGGACUGGUGCACUUUACAAAAUAGAUGGCAUCAUGAGGAAGGAAAAUUAUGUGGAUAUAUUGACGCAACAUCUCAAGACAUCAGUCAGGAAGUUAAAGCUUGGUCGCAAAUGGGUCUUCCAAAUGGACAAUGACCCCAAGCAUACUUCCAAAGUUGUGGCAAAAUGGCUUAAGGACAACAAUGUCAAGGUAUUGGAGUGGCCAUCACAAAGCCCUGACCUCAAUCCUAUAGAAAAUGUGUGGGCAGAACUGAAAAAGUGUGUGCGAGCAAGGAGGCCUACAAACCUGACUGUUACACCAGCUCUGUCAGGAGGAAUGGGCCAAAAUUCACCCAACUUAUUGUGGGAAGCUUGUGGAAGGCUACCCAAAACGUUUGACCAAAGUUAAACAAUUUAUAGGAAAUGCUACCAAAUACUAAUUGAGAGUAUGUAAACUUCUGACCCACUGGGAAUGUGAUGAAUGAAAUAAAAGCUGAAAUAAAUCAUUCUCUCUACUAUUAUUCUGACAUUUCACAUUCUUAAAAUAAAGUGGUGAUCCUAACUGACCUAAGACAGGGACUUUUUACUAGGAUUAAAUGUCAGGAAUUGUGAAACUGAGUUUAAAUGUAUUUGGCUAAGGUGUAGAUAAACUUCCGACUUCAACUGUGUGUGUGUGUGUGUGUGUGUAUAUAUGUAUAUAUAUAUAUAUAUAUUACACACUCUACCGGUCAAAAGUUUUAGAACACCUACUCAUUCAAGGGUUUUUCUUUACUUUUUCUACAUUGUAGAAUAAUAGUGAAGACAUCAAAACCUAUGAAAUAACACAAAUGGAGUAAACAAAAAAGUGUUAAAUAGCCACCCUUUGCCUUGAUGACAGCUUUGCACACUCUUGGCAUUCUCUCAACCAGCUUCACCUGUAAUACUUUUCCAACAGUCUUGAAGGAGUUCCCACAUAUGUUGAGCACUUGUUGGCUGCUUUUCCUUCACUCUGCGGUCAGACUCAUCCCAAACCAUCGCAAUUUGGUUGAGGUCGGGGUAUUGUGGAGGCCAGGUCACCUGAUGCAGCACUCAAUCACUCUCCUUCUUGGUCAAAUAGCCCUUACACAGCCUGGAGGUGUGUUGGGUCAUUGUUCUGUUGAAAAACAAAUGAUAGUCCUACUAAGCGCAAACCAAAUGGGAUGGCAUAUCGCUGCAGAAUGCUGUGGUAGCCAUGCUGGUUAAGUGUGCCUUGAAUUCUAAAUAAAUCACAGAUAAUGUCACCAGCAAAGCACCCCCACACCAUAAAACCACCUCCUCCAUGCUUUACAGUGGGAAAUACACAUGCGGAGAUCAUCCGUUCACCCACACCCCGUCUCACAAAGACACAGCGGUUGGAUCCAAAAAUCUCCAAUUUUGACUCCAGACCAAAGGACACAUUUCCACCGGUCUAAUGUCCAUUGCUCGUGGUUCUUGGCCCAAGCAAGUCUCUUCUUCUUAUUGGUGUCCUUUAGUAGUGGUUUCUUUGCAGCAAUUUGACCAUGAAGGCCUGAUUCACACAGUCUCUUCUAAACAGUUUAUGUUGAGAUGUGUCUGUUACUUGAAUUCUGUGAAGGAUAUAUUUGGGCUGCAAUUUCUGAGGCUGAACUUAUCCCUGCAGCAGAGGUAACUCUGGGUCUUCCAUUCCUGUGGCGGUCCUCAUGAGAGCCAGUUUCAUCAUAGCGCUCGAUGGUUUUUGCGACUGCACUUGAAGAAACUUUCAAAGUUCUUGAAAUGUUCCGUAUUGACUGACCUUCAUUUCUUAAAGUAAUGAUGGACUGUUGUUUCUCUUUGCUUAUUUGAGCUGUUCUUGCCAAAUUUGGACUUGGUCUUUUACCAAAUAGGGCUAUCUUCUGUAUACCCCCCCUACCUUGUCACAACACAACUGAUUGGCUCAAACGCAUUAAGAAGGAAAUCAAUUCCACAACUUAACUUUUAAGAAGGCACACCUGUUAAUUGAAACGCGUUCCAGGUGACUACCUUAUGAAGCUGGUUGAGAGAAUGCCAAGAGUGUGCAAAGCUGUCAUCAAGGCAAAGGGUGGCUAUUUGAAGAAUCUCAAAUAUAAAAUAUAUUUUGAUUUGUUCAGCACUUUUUUGGUUACUACAUGAUUCCAUAUGUGUUAUUUCAUAGUUUUGAUGUCUUCACUAUUAUUCUACUAUGGAGAAAAUAGUAAAAAUAAAGAAAAACCCUUGAAUGAGUAGGUGUUCUAAAACUUUUGACCGGUAGUGUAUGGAUAGUCAUAUGUAGGCUAUAUCCAUGGUUUCUACAUAAUGAGUUCCGUCCAGUCUUUAUAUAACGUAAUAAUGUUUGGUAAGGGUAGACCUCUUCCACAGACCUUCUCGUAGGUCCCAUGUGGACUGUAAAACCUCAUGUUCCAUAUGGGUAAUUGAGCUGAACUUGGCUUGAAAUUGCACGUUAGCAAAACAUUUGGUCACAGGGAUGUACUAAAAGUUUUGGCACAGUAUUGCUGGGUUCUAUGCAUUUUAUUGGGCCCAUUUACAGUCUCUUCUUGAGUGUUUAGGACUGCUGGGUAAUGGAGUCUUAUCGUCAUCCUCUAAAGUGUGGACUGAUUGUUUUUCUCAACCUCAUUUGUAUGACUGGCACAUCUUUCAGCCAUUUUAACUGUUAUUGUUGUAGCUGUAAUGGGUUUGUUCUUUUGUCAUUCCACUGUUUUAUCAUGCUGAUGUUUAUAAUAUACAGUAUAUUGCUGUAGUUACAGUGGAACGCUUUGAUAAUCGUCACUUUUCUCUAACAUGCUGUUAAUAUGAUGUGAUAUACACGACUGUAUUAAUAUUCAGUGUAAUCACAAUCUAAUAUAUGUGAUUCAAUGCUGGAUCAGCACCUCAGUUUUCAGGGCUUUUUCAUUCUUGAACUGUAGAUGUAUAGCUUGCUGGAGAAUACCAUAUGGUUGCCCAAUAGUUACGAGAGAGUAGCCUAACUCGACAUAAUGCAAAAUAAAGCAGCGAUGCAAUGGGCACUGAACACUGGAGGAACUUCUAUUCAUAGCUGGAAUGAUCUGAUAACAUUUGGGCCCGUAUCCACAAAGCGUCUCGGAGUAGGAGUGCUGAUCUAGGAUCUGUCCAUACAAUCUUAUUAUUCAUUAUGAACCAAAAAGCAGAAUUUAUCCUAGAUCAGCAGUGGCACUCCUACUCUGAGUAUCCGCGUUGUGGAUACGGACCCUGACAUGUAUGCUUUAGUAGUGAUGAUUGAAUAACACAUGGCACCUACAGUGGGGAGAACAAGUAUUUGAUACACUGCCGAUUUUGCAGGUUUUCCUACUUACAAAGCAUGUAGAGGUCUGUAAUUUUUAUCAUAGGUACACUUCAACUGUGAGAGACGGAAUCUAAAACAAAAAUCCAGAAAAUCACAUUGUAUGAUUUUUAAGUAAUUAAUUUGCAUGUUAUUGCAUGACAUAAGUAUUUGAUACAUCAGAAAAGCAGAACUUAAUAUUUGGUACAGAAACCUUUGUUUGCAAUUACAGAGAUCAUACGUUUCCUGUAGGUCUUGACCAGGUUUGCACACACUGCAGCAGGGAUUUUGGCCCACUCCUCCAUACAGACCUUCAGGUUUCGGGGCUGUCGCUGGGCAAUACAGACUUUCAGCUCCCUCCAAAGAUUUUCUAUUGGGUUCAGGUCUGGAGACUGGCUAGGCCACUCCAGGACCUUGAGAUGCUUCUUACGGAGCCACUCCUUAGUUGCCCUGGCUGUGUGUUUCGGGUCGUUGUCAUGCUGGAAGACCCAGCCACGACCCAUCUUCAAUGCUAUUACUGAGGGAAGGAGGUUGUUGGCCAAGAUCUCGCGAUACAUGGCCCCAUCCAUCCUCCCCUCAAUACGGUGCAGUCGUCCUGUCCCCUUUACAGAAAAGCAUCCCCAAAGAAUGAUGUUUCCACCUCCAUGCUUCACGGUUGGGAUGGUGUUCUUGGGGUUGUACUCAUCCUUCUUCUUCCUCCAAACACGGCGAGUGGAGUUUAGACCAAAAAGCUCUAUUUUUGUCUCAUCAGACCACAUGACCUUCUCCCAUUCCUCCUGUGGAUCAUCCAGAUGGUCAUUGGCAAACUUCAGAUGGGCCUGGACAUGUGCUGGCUUGAGCAGGGGGACCUAGCGUGCGCUGCAGGAUUUUAAUCCAUGACGGCGUAGUGUAUUACUAAUGUUUUUCUUUGAGACUGUGGUCCCAGCUCUCUUCAGGUCAUUGACCUGGUCCUGCCGUGUAGUUCUGGGCUGAUCCCUCACCUUCCUCAUGAUCAUUGAUGCCCCACGAGGUGAGAUCUUGCAUGGAGCCCCAGACCGAGGGUGAUUGACCGUCAUCUUGAACUUCUUCCAUUUUCUAAUAAUUGCGCCAACAGUUGUUGCCUUCUCACCAAGCUGCUUGCCUAUUGUCCUGUAGCCCAUCCCAGCCUUGUGCAGGUCUACAAUUUUAUCCCUGAUGUCCUUACACAGCUCUCUGGUCUUGGCCAUUGUGGAGAGGUUGGAGUCUGUUUGAUUGAGUGUGUGGACAGGUGUCUUUUAUACAGGUAACGAGUUCAAACAGGUGCAGUUACUACAGGUAAUGAGUGGAGAACAGGAGGGCUUCUUAAAGAAAAACGAACAGGUCUGUGAGAGCCGGAAUUCUUACUGGUUGGUAGGUGAUCAAAUACUUAUGUCAUGCAAUAAAAUGCAAAUUAAUUACUUAAAAAUCAUACAAUGUGAUUUUCUGGAUUUUUGUUUUAGAUUCCGUCUCUCACAGUUGAAGUGUACCUAUGAUAAAAAUUACAGACCUCUACAUGCUUUGUAAGUAGGAAAACCUGCAAAAUCGGCAGUGUAUCAAAUACUUGUUCUCCCCACUGUAAGUGUGUAUCAGCAAAAUCUAUUGUUGAGAUAACUGGAAGGAUGGUAACCUGCAGUCUUAUCACAGUGUAAAGUAUUUGCUCAUUUGUAGAAUAGACAAUUCUGGGCAUAUCUUAUAUUGUACAGUAGUAACCAUGAUGGUCAUGUCUAUUCUAUACAUGAACGUUCUGCCCUGUUGAAUAAGCUUCUGGUGCUGUUUAGUACGUGGGGGUUUUGCCUGCAGGCUACUUGCUAUGGGAUGGAUUGUGUGUGUGUGUGUAAUAGGAACUUACGGUAGAAGUUGCCUCGAACCACCGAUCUAGGGUCAGAUUCUCCUACCCCCCCCCCCCCCCCCCCAGUCCUAAUCAUAUGUAAAAGGAUCUGGACCUGUAUCAGUGGUAAGGGGCAAAUUCUACCCGCACCAUGUGUGUGGUGCAGGCAGGGAGCUGGGGAGUUGUAUCUGCUGUGUCGGCUGGUUAAACCGGGGGGUUCACUAAGAGCGUAGGGACUCUCUCCGCAGAAUAAGACUGUGGCCACGCCCAACCAGGGCGUGUGGGACAUGCGGGGGAAGCAGUUCUACGCCGGGAUAGAGAUCAAGGUGUGGGCUGUGGCCUGCUUCGCCCCACAGAAACAGUGCAGAGAGGACCUGCUCAAGUGAGUUAUCUGCCCGUCAACAUGGUAGACACACCACCACCCCUUCUCUUUUCCUAUUCCCACAAAUCCCCAUAGUCCUCCUUAGUCUGGGUGGUGAUCGUUACUCAUUCAGGGCAAAAUCCAAACUUGAGAUAUGUGGGCUUAUCAAAAAUAUGAUGUAAAUCUCCCAAUGAUGUAUUCAAACUAGUUGCGCAAAUAUAUCUUAAGUUAGGAUUUUGAUCACAAAACUGCAACUUAUUGUUCAACAGUUUGAAUGCAGUAUUCUAGUCAAGACUACAUUCCCUAAAGGUUUGUUCAUGCUUUUCUAGGAGCUUCACAGACCAGCUGAGGAAGAUCUCCAAGGACGCGGGGAUGCCCAUCCAGGGCCAGCCGUGUUUCUGUAAAUACGCCCAGGGAGCGGACAGCGUGGAGCCCAUGUUCAAACACCUCAAGAUAUCCUAUGUGGGACUGCAGCUCAUCGUGGUCAUCCUUCCCGGCAAAACCCCUGUCUACGGUAAGAAUCAUUUUGAUAGUUCUUUAGUUGGGAAAUCUAUUCUAAUGUUGAAAGAAAGGGCAAACUAACUUCAACUAGUCUGUCUGUCUCUUCCUAGUGUCUUUUUAAUGCAUUUCCUCUUAUGGUUUUGCGUGAUUUGCAUAAGAUAUUUGAUCAAUAUAAUUGGAAGGAUUGAAAAUGGCAUUAGGGGAGUGAACCCCCUUAAUUUCCACUAGUGACUUGAGGAACACCAGUUCACUCAUCAUGCUUAAAAUGUUAAGAGAAUCAAUCUGCUAGAUACUCUUUUUACCUUACAUUUGAGAAUAUUAGAGCUCAAUAAUUUUUCUGUGUCCCUAUGGUCCUGGUGCCACAGCGGAGGUGAAGCGAGUAGGAGACACUCUCCUGGGCAUGGCCACUCAGUGUGUCCAGGUGAAGAAUGUGGUGAAGACGUCCCCCCAGACCCUCUCCAACCUCUGCCUCAAGAUCAACGCCAAACUGGGUGGCAUCAACAACGUCCUGGUGCCCCAUCAGAGGUGGCAACCACACACACACACACUCAUUACAGCUCAGGUUGAACCUCACUACAUAUAUGUGUGUGUGCGAGUACCAGCAGAUGGUGUCUGGUACUCACUCCAUUUGUAGCGUGGUCUUAAUAAGUGCAGUCUUCCUCACUGUCCUCCUCAGUGCCGCCUGCCGCCACCACUGUCCUCUUCAGUGUCGCCCCCACUGUCCUCUGCUUCAGCUUCCUGCAUGGUAGAUGGUGAAGAUGCUGCAGAUGCACCUCCCUGCACCUCCCUGUCCUCCCUGAUUAGCUGUCUCCAUCCACAGGUCAACAGCAGGCUUUGGGUCAAAUGUCUCUGUGGUCUGCUUUGACAGGUGAAUGUGCAUCAGGGCUGAGAGACGAGCAUGUGACAGACGAGAUCUGUACUUGGUUUUUAUUAUGUUGAGAUGUGAGAAUCCCCUCUCACAAGCUGCACUGCUUAAAGGCAGUGUAAGAGACAGCUUAACCACCUUGUUGAUGUUGGAGUAAGCAUCUGGGUUACUUGUAUUUAGUAUUUGGACCAAGUCAUACACAGAAGAGACUCCCAGGCGUUUUCCUGCCUGCUUUAAGCGCAUCCAUUCUGUCACAGUGGUAUCUUUGUCAAGUUGCAAGGUGGCCUCAUAUUUCUUGAGAAUGCUGCAAACUGUUGUGUUUCCAAAACUGUGGAGGUCUUGCAUUUCCUGAGGCCAUGUUGAAGUAUCAAAUACUAAGAAAUGAUCACAUGACUUGAGGGAGUCAAAUCUGAUUUCAAACUCUUCAAUUAACCCCCUGAGUAAGUGUGUCUUGUCUCUGUCAGCAUCAGGAUUGGAAACAGUGUGUGCCGGUGGCUUUCACCAUCAAGCAGAAGUGUGAACUGUCCAAUGGCCACCAUGAGUUCAUCCUUACAUUCUCCAAUGGUCAGCUUUUCCUUCUGAAACCUAAUGGAUGUGGUCUUCAAAAUGUUGCAAAUGUCAAGCAUGUUUGACAGAAAGCACUGAAAACGCUCUGUGCAGAUAUGCUGCAAGUCACUGUUAUCACUCGUAACCAGUUGAAUUUUAAUGGCUGGCAAUAGGCUUGAUAUUUUUAAGUGUUUCAUGCCUCCAUGCAGACCAUCUGAUAUUAUGAAACUUACCCAGUUUCACAAAGGAGAUCCCAUUUUCUUCACAUAGCUUAUUCAGUGCAGCAGUUUUUUUUGCUCCACCUUUUUGUAAAUAAAACUGCAGCAGCUUGACCACAGAGCGAUUUAAAUGUCUCACAGUAAGGAACGUUGCGAUUAGCUGAUUUCGCGCAAUUCUCCAGUGUGUGCGGUGCACAGAAUGCGCACAAGGGAGUCUCCAACCGCAGCAAGUUGCGGAGUUUUGGCACAACGCCGUUGUAGAUGCCUACGUUGACAGCAGCCCCGUCUGUGCACACAACGACCAACUUUGUUGUCCAGUCAUCCAAGCCUGUGUCCUGGAAAAGUCUCACAAGUCCGUCUGUUAUGGCCUGCGCGGUUCGGUCAGCACCCAAUUCAAUCAGUCCAAUAAAGUCCGAAGUAAACUCUCCGUUGCUGGACACAGACACAAUGUAAACGAUUUCCUGCUCAGUUUUUGUAUUGUCCUCAGAUCCAUCAAAAAGCAGCCCCCAAAAUUCAGCAGACUGCAACUUGGCUCGUAACUCCCCGCUGAUGGUGUGAGCGAUGCUCUGCAUGAGCCGUGUGCCCCCUUCACGUGAAUGAUAUGCACCUCCGACAUUUACUCCUAGCCGCUUCAGUAAAGGAACAUCCUCAGAAUAGGAAGACAUGGGACGUGCGUGUUUAGCUUUAUGGAAGGAGAAAAUUAUUAAACAGAGCUUGCCGCUGUUCUUCAUUCAGCUUGUCUCGCCAUCUGGCAAGUGGGCGACUGGACAUUUCUUCUCGGCUAGCUUGUUUAUUAGCAAUGGCUUGCGCCACAUUCGUGUGCUCCUUGCUCUUUUCAUGUUUGUCAAAUAAAGGAUGGUUGAAAUUCUUUGAGCCUUUUAUAAAAUGCACCUGAUUUGUCUGCUAGAUGUGGAUUUGAGCGGCAAAUCUUGCACCACAUUUCAGUGCGCUCAUCGUUAGCUUCAAGCCACUGCACAUCUUGGAGCCACUUUUCCGAAAAAUGCAUUUUCUUCGGCUCUGGCUCCAGUUGGCGUUUCUUUGUAGGUGGCGAAACGCCAAAGAAGCUGCUUAAUGUCUGUUGCUUUAUUGGACAUCCCUGACAGUAGUUGACAAGCAACAUGUCAUGUGUAAGGUUAGAUGAGAAGAUCGGUCAAGUACGCAAAGGCGCGUAGUAACACAAGUGGCAUUACGCAUUCCUGAUUUUUGUCGCGCUUGCACAUAUAUAUAUAUAUAUAUAUAUAUACACACACACACACACACACACACACACACACACACACACACACAGUUGAAGUCGGAGGUUUACACACACCUUAGCCAAAUACAUUUAAACUCAGAUUUUCACAAUUCCUGACAUUUAAUCCUAGUAAAAGUUCCCUGUCUUAGGUCAGUUAGGAUCACCACUUUAUUUUAAGAAUGUGAAAUGUCAGAAUAAUAGUAGAGAGAAUGAUUUAUUUCAGUUUUUGUUUCUUUCAUCACAUUCCCAGUGGGUCAGAAUUUACAUACACUCAACUAGUAUUUGGUAACAUUGCCUUUAAAUUGUUUAACUUGGGUCAAACGUUUUGGGUAGCCUUCCACAAGCUUCCCACAAUAAGUUGGGUGAAUUUUGGCCCAUUCCUCCUGACAGAGCUGGUGUAAUUGAGUCAGGUUUGUAGGCCUCCUUGCUCGCACACGCUUUUUCAGUUCUGCCCACAAAUGUUCUAUAGGAUUGAGGUCAGGGCUUUGUGAUGGCCACUCCAAUACCUUGACUUUGUUGUCCUUAAGCCAUUUUGCCACAACUUUGGAAGUAUGCUUGGGGUCAUUGUCCAUUUGGAAGACCCCAUUUGCGACCAAGCUUUAACUUCCUGACUGAUGUCUUGAUAUGUUGCUUCAAUAUAUCCACAUAAUCUUCCUUCCUCAUGAUGCCAUCUAUUUUGUGAAGUGCACCAGUCCCUCCUGCAGCAAAGCACCCCCACAGCAUGAUGCUGCCACCCCUGUGCUUCACGGUUGGGAUGAUGUUCUUCGGCUUGCAAGCCUUCCCCUUUUUCCUCCAAACAUAACGAUGGUCAUUAAGGCCAAACAGUUCUAUUUUUGUUUCAUCAGACCAGAGGACAUUUCUCCAAAAAGUACGAUCUUUGUCCCCAUGUGAAGUUGCAAACCAUAGUCUGGCUUUUUUAUGGCGGUUUUGGAGCAGUUGCUUCUUCCUUGCUGAGCGGCCUUUCAGGUUGUCGAUAUAGGACUUGUUUUAGUGUGGAUAUAGAUACUUUUGUACCUGUUUCCUCCAGCAUCUUCACAAGGUCCUUUGCUGUUGUUCUGGGAUUGAUUUGCACUUUCCGCACCAAAGUACGUUCAUCUCUAGGAGACAGAACGCGUCUCCUUCCUGAGCGGUAUGACGGCUGCGUGGUCCCAUGGUGUUUGUACAAUGAACGUGGUACCUUCAGGCAUUUGGAAAUUGCUCCUAAGGAUGAAACAGACCUGUGGAGGUCAAAAAAAUUUAUUUUGACUUUCCCAUGAUGUCAAGCAAAGAGGCACUGAGUUUGAAGGUAGGGCUUGAAAUGCAUCCACAGGUACACCUCCAAUUGACUCAAAUUAUGUCAAUUAGCCUAUCAGAAGCUUCUAAAGCCAUGACAUAAUUUUCUGGAAUUUUCCAAGCUGUUUAAAGGCACGGUCAACUUAGUGUAUGUAAACUUCUGACCCACUGGAAUUGUGAUACAGUGAAUUAUAAGUGAAAUGAUCUGUCUGUAAACAAUUGUUGGAAAAAUUACUUGUCAUGCACAAAGUAGAUGUCCUAAUCGACUUCAACUGUAUGUGUGUGUGUGUGUGUGUUUGUAUAUACACACAUACACAUACAGUACCAGUCAAAGGUUUGGACACACCUACUCAUUCAAGGGUUUUCUUGAUUUUUUUACUAUUUUCUACAUUGUAGAAUAAUAGCGAAGACAUCAAAACUAUGAAAUAACACAUGGAAUCAUGUAGUAACCAAAGAAGUGUUAAACAAAUCAAAAUAUAUUUUAGAUUUUUCUAAGUAGCCACCCUUUGCCUUGAUGACAGCUUUGCACACUCUUGGCAUUCUCUCAACCAGCUUCACUUGGAAUGCUUUUCCAACAGUCUAGAAGGAGUUCCCACAUAUGCUGAGCACUUGUUGGCUGCUUUUCCUUCACUCUGCGGUCCAACUCCUCUCAAACCAGCUCAAUUGGGUUGAGGUCAGGUGAUUGUGGAGGCCAGGUCAUCUGAUGCAGCACUCCAUCACUCUCCUUCUUGGUCAAAUAGCCCUUACACAGCCUGGAGAUGUGUUGGGUCAUUGUCCUUUUGAAAAUCAAAUGAUAGUCCCACUAAGCCCGUAUCGCUGCAGAAUGCUGUGGUAGCCAUGCUCGUUAAGUGUGCCUUAAAUUCUAUAUAAAUCACUGACAGUGUUACCAGCAAAGCACCCCCAUACCAUCACACCACCUCCAUGCUUCACAGUGGGAACCACACAUGCGGAGAUCAUCCGUUCACCUGCUCUGCGUCUCACAAAGACGGUGGUUGGAACCAAAAAUCUAAAAUUUGGACUCAUCAGACCAAAGAACAGAUUUCCACCGGUCUAAUGUCCAUUGCUCGUGUUUCUUGACCCAAGCAAGUCUCUUCUUCUUAUUGGUGUCCUUUAGUAGUGGUUUCUUUGCAGCAAUUCGACCAUGAAGGCCUGAUUCACGCAUUCUCCUCUGAACAGUUCAUGUCUGUUACUUGAACUCUGUGAAGCAUUUAUUUGGGCUGCAAUUUCUGAGCCUGGUAACUUCAAUGAACCUAUCCUCUGCAGCAGGGGUAACUCUGGGUCUUAUUUUCCUGUGGUGGUCCUCACGAGAGCCAGUUUCAUCAUAGUGCUUGAUGGUUUUUGCGACUGCACUUGAAGAAACUUUCAAAGUUCUUGAAAUGUUCUAUAUUGUCCUAACAUCAAGGCGGUGACCCGAUCCUGUAGGUUCAUGCUCUACAACAUUCGGAGAGUACGACCCUGCCUUACACAGGAAGCGGCACAGGUCCUAAUCCAGGCAUUGUCAUCUCCCGUCUGGAUUACUGUAACUCGCUGUUGGCUGGGCUCCCUGCCUGUGCCAUUAAACCCCUACAACUCAUCCAGAAUGCCGCAGCCCGUCUGGUGUUCAACCUUCCCAAGUUCUCUCACGUCACCCCGCUCCUCCGCACACUCCACUGGCUUCCAGUUGAAGCUUGCAUCUGCUACAAGACCAUGGUGCUUGCCUACGGAGCUGUGAGGGGAACGGCACCUCCGUACCUUCAGGCUCUGAUCAGUCCCUACACCCAAACGAGGGCAUUGCGUUCAUCCACCUCUGGCCUGCUGGCCCCCCUACCUCUGCGGAAGCACAGUUCCCGCUCAGCCCAGUCAAAACUGUUCGCUGCUCUGGCACCCCAAUGGUGGAACAAGCUCCCUCACGACGCCAGGACAGCGGAGUCACUCACCACCUUCCGGAGACACUUGAAACCCCACCUCUUUAAGGAAUACCUGGGAUAGGAUAAAGUAAUCCUUCUACCCCCCCCCUUACCCCCCCCCCCCCCCCAAAAAAAAAAAAAAACACUGUACCAAUUGUACAGUGGUUUUCCCACUGGCUAUAAGGUGAAUGCACCAAUUUGUAAGUCGCUCCGGAUAAGAGCGUCUGCUAAAUGAUGUAAAUGUAAAUAUUGACUGACCUUCAUGUCUUAAAGUAAUGAUGGACUGUCGUUUCUCUUUGCUUAUUUGAGCUGUUCUUUCCAUAAUAUGGACUUGAUCUUUUACCAAAUAGGGCUGUCUUCUGUAGACCACCCCUACCUUGUCACUACACAACUGAUUGGCUCAAAUGCAUUAAGAAAUUCCACAAAUGAACUUUUAACAGGAAGCUGGUUGAGAGAAUGCCAAGAGUGUGCAAAGCUGUUAUCAAGGCAAAGGGUGGCUACUUUGAAGAAUCUCAAAUAUAAAAUAUUUUUUUAUUUGUUUAACACUUGUUAUUUCAUAGUUCCGAUGUCUAAACUAUUAUUCUACAAUGUAGAAAAUAGUAAAAAUAAAGAAAAACCCUUGAAUGAGUAGGUGUGUCCAAACUUAACUGGUACUGUAUAUACUGACCAAAAAUAUAAACGCAACAUGCAACAAUUUCAAAGAUUUUACUGAGUUACAGUUCAUAUAAGGAAAUCAGUCAAUUGAAAUAAUUUAAUUAGGCCCUAAUCUAUGGAUUUCACAUGACUUGGCAGGGGUGCAGCCAUGGGCAGCCAGGCACACCCACUGGGGAGCCAGGCCCAGCCAAUCAGAAUGAGGUUUUCUCCACAAAAGGGCUUUAUUACAGACAUAAAUACUCCUCAGCACCCCCCACCCUCCCUCAGACGAUCCCACAGUUGAAGAAGCCGUAUGUGGAGGUCCUGGGCUGGUGUGUUUAAAAGUGGUUUGCGAUUGUGAGACUGGUUGGACGUACUGCCAAAUUCUCUAAAAUGAUGUUGGAGGGCAGCUUAUUUUAGAGAAAUUAACAUUCAAUUCUCUGGCAACAGCUCUGGUGGACAUUCCUGCAGUCAGCAUGCCAAUUGCAGGCUCCCUCAACUUGAGACAUCUGUGGCAUUGUGUUGUGUGACAAAACUGCACAUUUUAGAGUUGCCUUUUAUUGUCCCCAGCACACGGUGCACCUGUGUAAUGAUCAUGCUGUUUAAUCAGCUUCUUGAUAUGCCACACCUGUCAGGUGGAUGGAUUACCUUUGCAAUGGAGAAAUGCUCACUAACAGGGAUGUAAACAAAUCUGUGCACAAAAUUUGAGAGAAAUAAGCUUUUUGUGUGUAUGGAAAAUGUCAGGGAUUUUUUUUAUUUCAGCACAUGAAACCAACACUUUACAUGUUGCGUUUAUAUUUUGUUCAGUGUAGUAUACUCAAGAUUGUGUCUCGCUGCAAGUGAUGUUCUCACGAUGGUCUUCCAAGCCUUCAUGGCUUUGACGAAAUUGCCUAAAGGCAACACUGAUGCAGUAAAACUGGGAGUAAAACAGCCCACUGCUUAGUCAUCAAUGAAAGCGCAAUACACCCACACAACAUACAAUUGCCUAUGCACAUUCUGGUGUCCAUAACAUGUCAAUCAAUUCUCAAAUGUAUUCUGUAUUGUGCGAAAGACCUAUACCUCCUCUCUGAGAGCAAAGCAACACACACACACACACACACACACACACACACACACACACACACACACACACCAUAACUGUACGUUUAUUUUAUUUGCCAUCUCUGUCCUUUAAAUUAAUAAAUUUCAACAACCUCCUCUCCCCACCUCCAGACCCUCUGUGUUCCAGCAACCUGUUAUCUUCCUGGGGGCGGACGUCACUCACCCUCCAGCCGGAGACGGCAAGAAGCCCUCCAUCGCGGCGGUGGUGGGCAGCAUGGACGGCCACCCCAGCCGCUACUGUGCAACAGUGCGCGUGCAGACGUCGCGCCAGGACCUGUCCCAGGAGCAGCUGUACAGCCAGGAGGUCAUCCAGGACCUGACCAACAUGGUGCGCGAGCUGCUCAUCCAGUUCUACAAGUCCACGCGCUUCAAGCCCACACGCAUCAUCUACUACCGUGGCGGCGUGUCUGAGGGCCAAAUGAAACAGGUGAUGGGGGGGGUAACUGGGAGGGUGACGUUUUCAGUUUUGACUCUCUGUUCUGAAUUGACCGUUGAAUUACAUUGCAAUAUGAUUUCUCAUAUUGAGUCGGUGGCUGCUUAUCCCUUUAAGCAGUGAGUGUUCUUUGUUGAAAUGUCUAAGGUUUGAAUUCGCAGCCCUUUUGCAUUACCUUAAGUGUUAUAAAGGGUAGCAUAUGCCAUCAGUACUCCUCAAAGGGGGUUAAAAGGUGCAGCCCCUUGCACCCCAGCAAAACCAUGGUCUCCUGUCAGUGUUGGACAUGGGCAUUGACGGUUCAAUAGUGGCUCAAAGUAUAUCCAGACGGACCUCCCUCUCCAAUUGGAGCCUGUCUCUACAACUAUUUAAAAAAGUUUGGUCCCUAGUGAUUUGUGUCACAGUGCCCUGGAUAUAGCAUCUCACUGCGUUUACACAGGCAGCCCAAUUCUGAUCUUUUGCCCAAUUUUUGGUAUUUUGACCAAUCGGAUCAGAUCUUUGCCCAAUAAUUGGGCAAAAGGUCAGAAUUAGGCUGCCUGUGUAAACGCAGCCAACUUUGCCUCAACCAGAGAAUCAUAUCAAUAAAUGUUUCCAUGCAAUGUGAAGCUCACUGUUUCUAUCUCUUCCCCCUGUGUGUGUGGGUGACUGUGUAGGUGGCGUGGCCGGAGCUGAUAGCCAUCAGGAAGGCCUGUAUCAGCCUGGAGGAGGACUACCGUCCGGGCAUCACUUACAUUGUGGUUCAGAAACGCCACCACACCCGCCUCUUCUGUUCCGACAAGGCCGAGAGGGUGAGUGGAGAUCCAUGUAGAGCAGAGGUGUCAAACUCAAUUCCUGGAGGGACUGUGUGUCUGCUGGUUUUUGAGGGGACUUCCUAAGCAAUUACCUUAAAUGAACGAUCAAGUACAGGGAGGAGCGAAAACCCGCAGACACGCAACCCUCCAGGAAUUGAGUUUGACACCCCUGAUGUAGAGGGUGCAAUUAACCGCAGGUCUAGGAUCUGAUUACCCAACUGUAAGCCAUUAGGGGAUGAAACGACAUCUGACCCUGUACCUGUGGUUAGGGGCAACGUCUACAUACGUUACUACAUGAGGGCGGGUAUCGAGGGCUUUGGCAGUGUUCCAAUACUUUUUUAAUGCAUCUCUCAAAACUCCCAUCUUUGGAGUAGUAUCUGAGCUGACAUUUCACUACAUUCAUGAUUUAGACACAGCCGAAGUUAUAGAGGGGUUGCAAAGAGAGGUAGCCCCUUUUCAGCUAGCACUCCAGCAUGUCCAGUGUCUGUAAUCGCAACUAUCUCCCCCUACAGGUUGGAAAGAGUGGCAACGUCCCAGCCGGAACCACGGUGGACAGCACAAUCACCCACCCCUCCGAGUUUGACUUCUACCUGUGCAGCCAUGCUGGGAUCCAGGGCACCAGCCGGCCCUCUCAUUACCACGUCCUGUGGGACGACAACUGCUUCACGGCCGACGAGCUCCAGCUGCUCACCUACCAGCUGUGCCACACCUACGUCCGCUGCACCCGCUCAGUCUCCAUCCCCGCGCCAGCCUACUACGCCAGGCUAGUGGCCUUCCGCGCCCGCUACCACCUGGUGGACAAAGACCAUGACAGGUAAUGAUGAAAGUGGCAAGAUACAAGUUCUGAAAACUGAGGGCUUUUAUUAGUCACUUUUAUUGUAAAUAACAAUAGAAUAUGUUUCUGAACACUUUAACAUUAAUGUGGAGGCUACCUGAAUAAAUCGUGAAUAAUGAUGAGUGAGAAAGUUAGACGCACAAAUAUCAUACCCCCAAGACAUGCUAACCUCUCAACAUUACAAUAACAGGGGAGGUUAGCAUUUUUUUGGGGGAGGGGUAUGAUAUUUGUGCAUCUUUCUCAAUCAUCAUUACUCACGAUUCAUUCAGGAUUAUCCGUAACCAUGGUAGCAUCCACAUGAAUGUAGAAGUGUUUAGAAACGUUCUAUUCUUAUUAACAAUACAAGUGACUCCAAAAUGACACAAUACAUUAUUUACCAUUCAUUUCUAUUGGGCACAAAAAUCUGAAACAAACAGAAAGUGCAUCCAACAAAUUUGUAGAGUUUGUCCCAAUACUUUUGGUCCCCUAAAAUAGGGGGGACUAUGUACAGAAAGUGCUGUAAUUUCUAAAUGGUUCACUCGAUAUGGAUGAAAAUACCCUCAAAUUAAAGCUGACCGUCUGCACUUUAACCCCAUGGUCAUUGUUUGAUUUCAAAUCCAAACUUUUGGAGCAUAGAGCCAAAAUAAGAAUAAAUGCUUCACUGUCCCAAUAAUUACAGAGGGCACUGUACAUAAAAUGUUAUUUUGGCCUGAACAGACACUGAUGAGCUGUAUUAGCUUCCCUAUACGUUAGAUUUAUAUUUGCAACAUAUUAUGCGUGUAGCUUUCCUGAAUAUACCAUUUUUGUUUUGUCAUGUUGAUGCAAAUACAUUAUGGUAGAUUUUGUUCAAAAUGACCAUAGUUGUAAUGGUGGAACCAAACAGGAGGGGUUUUGUGCUCUUGUUUCUGUUACUUUAUCAUGUAUCUGACCCCUCUCUCUCGUCCUGUCCUGCAGUGCGGAGGGCAGCCAUGUGUCGGGCCAGAGUAACGGUCGGGACCCCCUGGCCCUGGCCAAGGCAGUCCAGAUCCACUAUGAUACCCAGCACACCAUGUACUUUGCCUGAGCCACACCAGCAAUGGGCGCAAUUCUGUCUUUUCUCUCUCUCUCUCUCUUUUUGCCAGUCUCUAUCUUUCUCUCUCUUGCGUCUUGAUCUGCACCAAAGCGGUUCGAAGCCAGUGAAGUGUGCCAAUGGAGUAUUUUCCUUUUCGGAAAAACGACAUCCGGCAUUCCCGAUCGAGCCGCCCUCUACCAGCAAUCUGGCACUGAGAGACCGUUGGGGUUUCCGAUGUACAGAGAAAGCAAAAUACACGCAUACACAAGUUGAGCCAUUUUGGGGGGGGGGGGG